GACGGGGCGGAUGUACGAUAUUCCGUGUCAUAUCAUUACGGUGCUGUUUUGGUUUUUAGGUGUCGAAAAAGGCGAUAAGAACUGCUUUAAUUUCGAAAUUCCCAAAAAAAAAUAAUGUGUGCGGCGACAAGAGCUUCAAUUAGCAUUUAGAAAAGCGGCAUUAUCAUCGCGAUCCCAUCAUUAAAAUCCCUAUACAGAUGGAGGAGGACGUGCUGAACGCCCUGCAGACGCGGAGUGCCUACUUAUCCGGCGGAUUCGAUCGCCAGAAGCGAAUCAUCUUCGUUGUCAACGCGUUCAACGAUCUGCAGCUGUGGAAUCGCCGCUAUCUGCAGGUGACUCUGGACUAUCUGAAGCGGUCGCUCAGCGCUUCGGUUUUGCAGAACGGAGUGAGUGUGGUGGUCAAUGCCCAGGAGAGCAGUUCGCGGAUCUCGCGGCAGCAGGUGCGCCAGAUAUACUCCCUCUUCGGGGGCGACAUCAAUGUGGAUCUGUAUCUAGUCAGGGCGGAGGGCUUCUGGGAGAAGCAUGUGGAGCCGUGCACCAAGUCGCAGGUCAAGGGAGAGCCCCUGGUGCUGUCCAAGGCGAGGCUGUUCAAGUUCAUAGAGCCGCAGAACCUGCCCGAGGAGCUGGGCGGCACCUUGCAGUUCAACUACGAUCUGUGGCUGCAGCAGCGCAAGUCCAUCGACGAGUUUACCAAAUCGCAUGUGCAGACUCUGGCUUCGAUGGAGAAACUGUUGGCUCUGCUGCGGGAGCACAAGUCCCUGCGGCCGGCGGAAGCGGAUGUGGAGCUGAAGAAGUGCGCCCAGCUGCAUGCCGGUGUCCAAAACGACAUAGAAUCCGCCAUCGACAUGGGUAACGCGAUCUUGGCCCGCUUCAACGAGGUCUACGAGACGCAUUCACCGCCGCCACAAGCGGUCGCACCUGCCUCGGAGUCCCCUGCGAGCCCCCCUCCAAUUCCCGUCCACUCCGCCACUGCUGUUCCCCCGCAGCAGCAGAAGCCCCUCCUGCCCCCGGAUCUCGUGUGUGAACGUGCCCGCAUCGAGUUGCGAUUGAAUGAGAUCGAGAAGAAACAGACGGCCAUUCGGACGGCCUGGCUGGAGUUGCUGCGAUCCCUGAGGGAGGCCCGAGAACUGAGCACUCUGGAGGAGGGGGUGUCGUUCGUCACCAACUGGAUCCUGCAGCAGGCGGAGCAGCUACUAAGCCGCCAAAGGAGCAUUGCCGGCGAUGUCCGGGGAAGUGAGGCCCUGCGAUCAGCCCACGAUCAACUGGAAAUGGAAUGCCGGGAAACCUACGGUUGCUAUGCCGAGUUGCUCUACAAGAUCGAGAGAUUCGCCGGGGAGAGGCAGGCAUCUCCCAAGGACAUUGAUCUGUGCCAGGAUCUCCUCUCGCAGCGGGAUUUCAUGCAGUUUGUGUGUCGCUCCUUUGCCAAGAGGUUGGAGCGACGAAGGAAUGUCCUGAUGACCGCCCUGAGGUUCCACCGACUUCUCGAGCAUUUCGAGGAGCUCCUGACCACCGGAAACCAUGUGGUGGAGGUGGACAGUCGAGCGCUUGAUUGGCCCGAGGCGGAGCAGCUACUCAUGCAGCUCAAGAACAACCAGGAAAUGAUGGGCCACGUCGAGCGCGAUCUUGUGCGUGAGGGUGAAAAGCUGAGCGACAUGCUGGCGAUGCCGGUGAAAGACGCUCUGGGUCGCGACCUCCAGCUGGACUACAGCCCCGAGAUCGCCCAGCUGCGGCGGCAGAUCGACGAGAGCAGGCGGCGGCGUCAGGUGUGCGGACAUCGGAUGGCGCUGCAGCGGCUCACCUUGGAGCAGGUGACCCACAUCCACGCCUACGAGGAGGACGCGCGGAGGGCGCGGGACUGGCUGCAGGAGCUGUAUGCCGUCUUGCUGCGGUGCCACUCCCAUGUCGGCUGCAACAUCCACGAGAUCCAGCUGCAGAAGGACGAGCUGCAGGGGUUCGAGGAAACCGGCCGGAGCAUCUACCACUAUGGCUGCCAGUUGCUGGAGGCUUCACAAACUCUCCGCCUCUGCUGCAACAUGGAUCCAUCGGGAUCUAGGUCGCAAUCCAAUUCCGGCCAGAGUUUGAUCAGUGAUGAACUGCAGCACACGUGGCACAGCCUGCAGUCCGUGGCCCAGGAGCAGAUGACCAGACUGCGGGUCUCCGCCGUAUUCCAUCGCAGCGUGGAGGCCUACUAUCGCCAGCUGAGGGAACUUCGUCCCCUUUUGACCCAGGAAUUAUCCGCCCAACUGCAGCAGCAACAAAGACAGCAGCACAAUCGCAGUAGCAGUGGCAUAAGUAGCGAUGCUGAGGGAGAAAUCGAAUCGGAGCUAUCUCCACUGGGGGAAAUGCCUCCGCGAUUGCAGCGCCAUCUGGUGGCCAGGGAGCAACUCCUGGUCGAAGUGGGUAGAAUGGUCAGAUUGGGAAGACUGCUGAAGAAGCGGCUCAAAGAGCCCUUCGUCUUGGAUGCACUGACGGGAAAGAGUGUCGUGGCCGAUGAACUGCCCCUGGACUGCAGUCCGAGUCCACUCCAUGACAGUGGAAGAACCAGCAGUGCUGGCAGCGAGGUGCCCGCAGAAUCCCCGCCAGCCACUGUGCAGGUGGUGCCCACGGGAAGCAACGAACUGGCCUGCGCCGCCAUCUCCCACAAACUGGGAGCCAUUGCCGAGGUCGCCGAGUCCCUGGACGCAGUCAUUCGGGAUGUCCAGCAGCAGGAGGGAGCAGCCUCCAAUGGAAUCACCAACGGCAACGCAGGACAUGGGAUCAAGAAACUGGGGAGCAUCGAGGACUGGCAUUCCCGCUCCACCGAGGACGAAUCCUUCGCCACCGCCUCCGAGGGCAACUUCACGCCCAAUUCGCACUCCUCCUCCUUCCAAACGGCCUCUGGACGCACUAGCUCCUACAUAGGAUCGGCCAAGAACUCCUUCGACGAGGCGGAUGACUCCACACUGAGCACAUUUGAGAUACCCGAACUGCCAGCUUCCCCGGUGAACAUGUCCUUCGAUAGCUCCGAAAUGAGUUACUUUUCCGCCCACCAGCAGAGGAUGAAGAGUGAGGAUCAGGAUAGUGUGGUGGGCGUGGCAGAGCUGCAUAGUCAGAGUGUGACGCCCACUCCAGACGACGAGGAGCAGCAGCACUUGCUCCUGCCACUCCCCUUGCCCCAGGCCAUCGAAUCGGACAGUGAGGUGGAGGGAUUCAGCUUGGCCACGGGAAUCACGACGGAGACGACCCCCAGGAUUCCCAAUGCCCACACGCCGGAGAUUGUGGAUCCAUAUCUCGAGACCAAAUCCUCGGCACAGGCGGUGCAAGAGACGCUGAACGACUUCAGUAAGCGGCAGGUCGACGUGACGAGCAGUUUGGAGAAUUGGACAACGAGCAUUGCGGAGAAGCGAGAAGUCGAAUACCUACUCGAGAAAGUCAUGAGCGACAACGAGGAGACCGUGUCCAAGAGCACCCAGGUGGACACCCAGUUGUAUCCCGUAUUCACCUCCCAGAGCGUGGACUCCAAGCAGCUGCUGAUCAGCACCGGCGAGAAACUGACCCACGUGACCCAGGACAUCGAGAGGGCCCAGGAUGAGAUCCAGCAGCGCAUCCAGACGACCCUCAGCAUCCAGACGAAGGAUCAGCCGUCGCUGGCCAAGAUCGAGCAGGUGAUCAACAACCUGCGCAUGCUGAAGGCCAAGCUGGAUGGCAUCAAGUACGACUAUCGCACUCUGGUCGAGAGUGUGGUGCAGUUUCUGGAGAAUAUAGUGCAGUUGCGCCGCGAGAUCGACGACUACUUCGCCAGGCAGCAGAAGGAACCCGCUUCCGGCGCAGAUCGCAGCAUCGCGGAGCACGAGAAAUUCCGCGAUCAGUGCAUGGAUAAAUUUAGAUCGCUAAUCACACAAUCCGAACUGCUGAUCGAUCGGGUGCGAGUACUGGAACCGCCGGGAGCCCGCGAAAUCGACACCGAUCGCAUUCUGAAGCUGCUCGAGAACCUGCGCCUGCACUUCGAGUCGAACAGCAGUGCCCGCAUGUCGUCGCUGGAGCGCCUGGAGAAGAUCGAGCAGUUCCGCUCCGACCUGGAGGACAUCGAUCGCAGCCUGGACAGCGUCAGCCAGCAGCUGCACGAGAUCAACAACCAGAGCGUCGACAGUCUGGCGGCGGCCAAGACCACGUCGCUGGCGUUCGAGUACUUUGAACGGACCAUAGAGUGUUCAAUGCCCAGGCAAUUGAAAUCAACGCGCCAUCAGCGACGCUGGGGCCAAACAGCCCACACGAUCGAGCUGCUCGAGAAGCGGAUCGAGAAGUUUACGGAGUCCACGAGCCAACAGCUUUUGAUAAGCAAUCCCGAGAGCGAGCGGUACGUCAAGGACGAACUGCGCAAACUCAACGACAAGUGGCAGGGCUUCAAGGAUCAGGUGAAGCAGAAACGAAAGAGCCUAAACCAGGCAACCGAGUUCUUCGAGGUGGUCGAAAAGAUCGACGCGGAGUACCGUGAGAUUAGCUACUUCUACACCAGCGUCUCCAACAAGGUUCCCUACCUCCGAGAUUCCGUGGAGGCUGGCAACUUGGUGAAUGAUAUCGAGAACUAUGUGACCAGCAGGGAGGCUGCCCUGCGUUCCAAGUUGGAUAGUGCCUCGCAAUGUGCCCACGACAUGAACAAGGUCUCGUCCCUGUACAACGAUGUGAUGAACAUCUUCCAAUCCUUCAUCAAGCUGAAGAUGGACAUCAAUGUGGUGCAGGAGCGGCUGAAGCAGGAGCAGCGCCAGAAGGAGCAGAGGGAGCGGGAGGCCCGGGAUCAGGCGGAAAGGGAGAAGGCUCUAAGGGAGGCGGAGGCCAAGGAGAGGUUGUUCAGGGAGGAGCAGUCCCGCCUGGAGAACCAGCGCCAGCAGGCGGCCAUCGAGCAGGCUCAAAGGGAACUGGCGGCCAGGGAGUUGGCUCUCAGGGAGCAGGCUGUCCGGGAAGAGGAGUCCAGAUUGCAGGCCAUUCGGGAGCAGGCCACGCGAGAGCAACUGGCCAGGGAGCAGGCUGCCAGGGAGGAGGAGUUGCGGAUCCAAUCCCUCAGGGAGAUUGCCCGCCGGGAAGAGGAAGUGCGUCAGCAGAACAAGAGGGAUGAGGAGAUCCGCAUCCGCAGGGAGGAGGAGGAACGAUUCCGCAGGGAAAACGAGUCCCGUUCGAAGCGAGAGGAGGAGGCCCGCAUCCAGCGGGAGGAGAUCACCAGGCUCCAGACCCUUCGCGAUCAGGUGGAUCAACAGCGCCUGGUGACCGAAAACAUCCGCAAGGACAUCCAGGUGAACUCCAUUUUCACGGAACUGCGCUACGCCUCACCGCUUUUCAUUCGUCCUCUGAAAGAUGCAGUUGCUCGCGAAGGAGAUCGUUUGGUCCUCGAAUGCGAGGUCACAGGUACUCCAGAGCCCUCCGUCGAGUGGUUCAAGGAUGGCAUUAGUAUCCAAAAUAAUACCGAUUAUAAAACCACCUUCGACAAGGGAAUCUGCAGGCUGGUGAUCGAGGAAACCUUUGCCGCCGACUCAGCACGUUUCAGUUGCCGUGCCUCGAAUCUGGUGGGAACUUGCGAUACCAAUGCCACUUUAUCCGUCCGGGAAAAUGCGGCCGAAGUCCAGUUGGUACCACCCAGGAUCCUAAGGUUCCUGGAGAGCGGCAAGGCCACCGAGGGCAGUUCCUUCCAGUUUGCUUGUGUGGUGGCCGGAGUUCCUUUGCCCACGGUUCAGUGGUUCAAGAACGACAAGUGCAUCGAUGAUUCGCCGGAUUAUGUGAUCAGCUACAAUAAUGGUGAAGCAACUUUGAAGUUCGAGGAGGUCUUCUUGGAGGACGAUGCAGUCUACACCUGCAGCGCCUCAAAUCCCGCGGGAAUCGAACAUUGUUCCGCUUCUCUCAUUGUGGAACCUUUGGAGCCAACUGAAUUGCCCAGCUUCAAGGUUCCCCUCUCGAAUGCCAUGGCUCGAGUGGGUCAGAAGAUCAAACUGGAGGCCAUCGUGAGUGGAAUUCCCAGACCAGAAGUCUAUUGGCUGCACAACGGCAAGCCCUUCCAGCCCCGCGAUUCCAAGUACGAAUACGGCCGCGUAACAUUGAUAAUCCCGCAGGCUUAUCCCAACGACGCCGGAUCCUACGUCCUGAGCGCCAAGAACCUAGCUGGCGAGGCCUAUACCAGUUGCAACGUGAUAGUGAAGGGUCGCCUGCCCAACGAGACCUCCGAUUCCGAGAUGGCCAGCGACAUAGAGCCCAUCAAGCCAGCCGUCCACCUGCCCCUCAAGGAUGUCUCCAUAUUCGAGGGCAAGCCCGUGAGGCUGGACUGCGUGAUUGUGGGUCAGCCGGAGCCCGAGGUCAUCUGGUAUCACAACGAGCGACCUGUCAAGGAGUCCGCCGAUGUUCAGUUGCUUUUCCAAGGGGAUAGGUGUUCUCUGAUAAUCCAAGAGGUCUACCAAGAAGACGCAGGUCACUACAAAGUGGUGGCCAUCAAUUCGGCGGGAGAAGCAUCCAGUAGUUGUGAACUCAAGGUCACUCCUUUGAAUCAGGCGGAACCUGCCACUCGGGCUCAGGCGGAAAGGCAAUCCCUGCCUAAGGAUGCCCAGCCCAAGUUCGAAAGACUUCUCUCUGAUGUUUUGGCUGACGAGGGCGAGCAGGUCGUCCUCGAAGUCCAGGCCAGUGGUGAUCAACCCCUGACUGCCCAGUGGUUCCUGACCAACAAGGAACUCCAGUUGGAUCAAAGGAUCACCACCCAAUCCGACUCGGAGCUAGGCCUCUUCAAACUCAUCCUGAACAAUGUGAGUUGCGAUGACAAGGGCGUUUAUACCGUGAAGGUCAGCAAUCCAGCGGGAGAUGCCAAGUGUUUUUCGCAUCUGAUAGUGAAAUCCGUGAAUGCUCCUGAGAAUCGUAGGAGUAGUCAAUCCUCAGUGGAAAUCCUAGACCGUCAUCAGUGUCCCGAAUUUAAGGAACUAUUUAGCGACAAACAAGGUGAAAUCGAUGAGGUGAUCAAGUUCGAGUGCAUUGUCAAGGGCAAGCCCACACCAAAGGUCCACUGGUUCUUCAACGACCAACCCGUUCAUGGUCACAAUUUCCUGGUCUCCACAAGUGGUGAACGCCAAGUGCUAACCAUCCAAAAGUUAACCCAUGAUGCCGUGGGCAAGAUCAGUUGUGUGGCGGAGAAUGAGGCAGGAAAAGCCACCUGUGUGGCCUUCUUAAAUAUCCUAGGAAGUGGUCUGCCCGCCUCUAGUGAUGUUCAAACCAUGAGCCAGGAGCACAAUACGGAAUCUUCGAGGGUGACGAUCAAGAAGCAAACCUUUACCACCACCUCCACUUCGCAGGUUAAUUCAUAUGAGGGAAAUGCCCCGCAAACCGAGGUGCAUCACUCUUCCGCCCACAUUGAUCAAUCCCUGAAGCAACUUGGCCAGCAAAGACCCGAGAUCGUGGAGAGUCACCAUUACGAGGAGCUGCACAAGAGCAAGGAGAUGAGCAGUCCCAGUGUGCAGCAGAAGUCCUUCAGCUUCGUCCAAUCCAGUGCCCCCAAUGGACAAUCCGCAGUGGCCAUACCAGACUCACCCACUCGCCUCAGAAGGGAAAUUGCUCCGAGGUUCACCACUCCCCUCAGCGGAAAGAUCGUCGACCAGGGUGCCGAUGUCAGCAUGGAGGCUAUUUAUGAUGGCUUUCCCUCGCCCGAGAUCAAGGUGGAGAAGAACGGAGGUCAGCUGUUCGAGGAUGCCCACACCAAGAUCUUCAACAAGUGCAAUCGCGUGACCAUCGAGCUCAAACAGGUGGGCGUGGCAGAUGCCGGACGAUAUGCGGUGACCGCCUCCAAUACAGUGGGUCAGUCCACCAGCACAGCGGAUUUGGUUGUUAAAAAGACCAUAUUCCCGCCUGUCUUUGGCCGACGACUGCAGGCUCAGGUCAGCAAGAAGGGCGAGAAGCUGACCAUGGAGGUUGAAGUCACCGGGCUGCCCGAACCCACGGUCACCUGGCUGAAGGACGAUAAACCCUUAAAGGACGCUGGGAUCUCUGAACAUCGCCUGCUGGCCCAAGGAAACUCUUACAGGCUAAUAAUCGAAAAGGCGCAAACUUCGGAUUCCGGCAAGUACAUGGUGCGUGCCACAAAUGCAGGAGGUGAGGCCAAGAGCAUCGCCGACUGUGCCAUCCUGGAACCCUCACCGGAACGCAUGCAGGAGGUGGUCAAGACCAUUGUCUAUGAGACGGGUCCCGUGGCUCUUGUGGCCCCAUCCAGCGAUUUCAAAACCGAAAAUCAGAGUCAAAGUCAGAACGGCGAAACCCAACAGUCGUACCAGAGCAGUCAGACCGAUGUGACCAGUGCCAAUGAUCUCCACGGUUUGUCCGAGUCGAAAGUGAUCACUGAGCAUCGUUGCACCACCGAGGCAACCAUGCGUCUAGAGCACAAAUCGAACUAUCUGGAUCUGCCGGAGCUGACCUCGCGCCCCAAGACACCAACCACAAACGAUACUAUCACCAUCACCUCAAACACUGCCACUGCCAGCAUGGAUCAGCCAGAUCAGAUACAGCCCACCAUCAACACCACAAAAGCCCCACCACCAGUGCCUCCCAAACCCUGUACACCAGUGGUGGCCACCACCUUUGGCCAACAGCAGCAACCACCGCAGACGCUGACGAGCACCAGAUACGAGCAGAGCGAGCACAAGUUGAGCACCACCUCAUCCUCGUUUGACUACUUCAAGAAGAUCGAUGAGGAGACCGUCAUCCAGCGACCAAACCCAUUGACCUUCAAGCCCCUGGAGACGGUGGUGCGACAACCGCAAGCGCAAUCUCUGGCGGAGGAACUAAGGAGUCUCAAUCUGAUACCAGGAGAUGCCCCAGAGUUCUGUUAUUCACCGAAAACCGAAAGGAGCGAACCAAAGGUGCCACUAAUCACCGAGAAGAUCAAGAUACUUUCGGAGGUGCAACCCAAGGAGCCUCCACCACAGGGUGGUGUACCAGUCUUCCCGCCACCUCUGGGCCUCCAGACGGUGCAACACGAAACCACAACGACCAAGGAGGUGAAGGUGGAGUAUGGACAACCAAUUGUGCGACCUGCAGCAGUGUUGGCCACUCCUGCCCAGCAGAAUCCUCGCUCACCCUCACCCAAACCUUCUGCCGAAGGAGUGGCCAUGUCGAGGCUAUGGACACCCACUGGGGUUACUGGUUACACCAGCGAUGUAGAGCAGAAGUCAGAGAAAACAGUGAUCUCCAAGCUGGCCACACCAACGCCAACGAAAGAGCUAAAUGCACCCUUCCUGGUGAAUCAGAUAGUGAAGAGCAUACCCGCUACAACAGCUCCUGCAACUCACUUGGUGAAUGUGGAACUGGAACCAGGGACACCACCAGAGAUUUGCUUUGCUCCCAAGGUGGAGGAGACACGUCGUCGUUCCUUGGUGGAGAGCAUGGAACAGAAGCUGGAACAGAACCUGAUCCAGGGACCCAGUAAAGUCCUGCCCCACUCGGUGCCCACCUUGACUCCAGUCACUGUACCCCCGGCACAGCCCAAACCGUUGGGUGGUACCACCUAUAGACCACCCCCUCCUGUUAUACCCACCCGAUUGGGAGUCUACGAGAGCGAUUACGAGAGUGAUCGGUACAAGUACAGUGGCAGUGAAUCGGAUGUGGAGCCCGGAAACCGCAAUCAACCCCAACAGACCUCCAUGGAGACUUCCUUUAAGUCCAGUGGAUAUACGGCUGAUACAGAGGAGCAUUCGAGCUAUCGAAAGUCGGAGUCAAGUUAUUACGAAACCAAGUCAUCAUCCUCGAUGGGAAAUGCAUUGCCCAAGUUGCAGCCCGAACCACCGGCACCUAUUUACUUUACCCCGAAGCCACAACCACAGGUGCAACCCCAGGUGGUGCCACCAUCUCAAUCGAAUUUUAGCAGCCAGGAGGCGAAGGACUACAAGUACACCUCUUCGAGUAUGACCAGUAACUACUCCCACAACAUGCAGAGCAGCAGCAGCUCCUCCCAUAAGGAGACCAAGUUCUCCUCGACGGCAGGAGCACCACCACCCCAGGUGGUGACCUAUCCCAGUCCCAUUCCUGCCCAAAGGAAGACCCCGGCGGCGGAGUUUAGUGACUACAGCAGUGAGAUUGAUGAACGUUUCCGUUCUGUGUCUCGCGCUAAUGAAUCCGAUGCCGAGAUCAAGGGCUAUCGAGUGGUCUUCCCACCGACACCCACUCCGCGCACAAACCUUGCCACCAAUGGCCACAAGUCCCCGGUGGUGGUGAUUACUCCCUCGCCCAUGGAAUUUGAGCCUUCUCCCCAGGAGUAUGCCAGGCCCAAGUUUGAACCGAUUGGCAAGGAGAUACGCCAUGAGAUCAAGACGGAGAGCAGCUCCAAGCAGUCCAAGUUUGUCCAGAACCAGCAUCAAAGUCAGCCUGUUUUCAAGCCCAAGCCGGUGGCGGCCAAGUUCAUAGCGGCCACCCAACAGCAGCAGCAACCACAGGCCACCGCCCGUCCGACCAUGUACUACAAUGCUGUUGCUGGAGCUCCGAUGCACCUGGCCAAGGUGGCCACCGAGACCAAGAACGUGAUGCAGAUGCACGAGUCCACAGAGAGUUCGCAGCGUGUGGUGAACAUGCAGCAGACCAAGAGGAUAAUCCACUUUGAUAGUCCGCAGGAGCAGAGGGAUCAGCAGAUCGUGCAGGAACACUUCCCCUACAGUCCCGCCACAAGUCGUACUCCCUCGAGGCAAUCCCAUCUGCCGCCUCCAGCCACGCCCACUAAGUUUGUGCCUGGGGAAUUCCGGGAGAGUGAUUACGAGAGUGAGAUUGAGGGAGCACGCAUCCAACCUCUGUGGUCACCCUAUGGCGAUGGCUUGACCAAGGGUUUCAGGCGAGUGGCCCCGCCUCAAGGAGGCAGUCGAUCCUGCAGCCUGCCAAGAACCUACGAGAGGGUGCUAUCACCCAUGGAAUUCGAUCGGGGUCCCGAGAUGCCCAGCAAAAUCCACGUGGAUAUCAAUACUCUGAAGAAGGAGCAGCGCGGAGGAAGUACAGUGACCACCCAGCAUCGCACUCAAUCCCUGAACAGGAACUCCACCAUGAGGCAACAGCAGCAACAGCAACAGCAGCAGCAGUCCAUGGAUCAGAUUGAUAGGGCCGGAACUCUGCCCCGAUAUGGUUACAGUUCCCUUCAGCAGCAGGCCGAGAAUCAGGGCCGGCGAAUGGGCUCCACCUUCCUCCAGAAGUCCCAUCAGUUCGUCGAUGAUGUGAGCAGGGAGGUAAGGAGCUCGGCAUCGAAUGGAAUUGGCAUCCGACCGGGUUUCAAGAGGGCUCCCAGCGAGGGCAGCAGCCAGCAGCCUCAGGCCUUCCGGGAUGAAUCGCGCGUCUCCCAAUAUGAUCAAGGCACCCAAACGGAUAGCCUGCUAAUAACCGAAGAGGAACCGGUGCCGGAGGCCUCGGAACAGCCCCUGGAUAAUGGCGCCAAUAAAACGCCUUUGCGCAAAUCAGCCUCCUUCUCCUCCACGUCGACCAGUUCGCCGGCCAGUUCCUCCAUGGGCUCGGCCACAUCGACCAUGUCGCUGCGCUCCUCGACGCCUCUGAGGAGCAACAAUCAUCAUUCCCAGUCGAGUCGAGCUCUCCGGAGCGACACCAUCAACACGUUCCAGAAGUGGGAGACCACAAUCGAAUCCAUCAGCUACGUCAGCACCAAGACCGUUUCCAUUUCGGAUUUCAGCCAGGAGCCGCAGCUACGUGAGCAAACAGUGCAACAACAUCAUGGUGGCAGCAUCGGAGGCGCCUACGUGCCCCCCUCGUUGACACACGUGUAUGCCCAGGGCGACAUCUCGCCGCCCGUCUUCGAGCAGAUCUUCAAGAACGCUCGCUUCGCCCAGGGCGGCAACGCCCUCUUCGAGGGUCGCCUGCGUGGCAACCCGAAGCCAUUCGUGACCUGGACCCGGAAAGGCGCACCCCUUCUCGAGUCGCAGAAGUUCCGGAUGAGCUACAACGAGGCCACCGGCGACGUGUCCCUGCUGAUCAACCAGAUCGGACCCGGGGACGAGGGCGAGUACACGUGCACGGCCAGGAACCAGUACGGCGAGGCCAUCUGCAGCGUCUACAUUCAGCCGGAGGGAGCUCCGAUGCCGGCCCUGCAGCCCAUCCAGAAUCUGGAGAAGAACAUCUACUCGAAUGGCUAUUCGUACACCUCCAUCGAGGAGGAGUUCCGUGUGGACACCUUCGAGUACCGAUUGCUGCGUGAGGUCUCCUUCCGCGAGGCCAUCACCCGGCGAUCUGGCUACGAGCAGGACUCCCAGCUCUCCCAGGAGCUGGACCGCAACCAGGGUCCUGCCCAGGCGCCGCAGAUCUCGCAGAAGCCGCGCAGCUCCAAGCUGAUCGAGGGAUCCGAUGCCGUGUUCACCGCACGCGUGGGUUCCAACCCGAAGCCAAGGCUGACCUGGUUCCACAAUGGCCAGCGUCUGGUGGCCUCGCAGAAGUACGAGAUCUCCUACUCGAGUGGCGUGGCCACGCUCCGUGUGAAGAACGCCACGGCUCGCGAUGGCGGUCACUACACCCUGCUCGCCGAGAAUCUGCAGGGCUGUGUGGUUUCAUCCGCCGUGUUGGCCGUGGAACCCGCCGCGGAGACCGCCUACGAACCGAAGCCCGUGGAUGUGAUGGCCGAGCAACUGGAGGCCGGCAAGGCAUUGCCCCCGUCCUUUGUGAAGGCUUUCGGAGAUCGCGAGGUCACCGAGGGUCGCAUGACCAGGUUCGAUUGCCGCGUGACCGGCAAUCCCUACCCCGAGGUCUUCUGGCUGAUCAACGGCCGCCAAGUGCGCGACGAUGCCUCGCACAAGAUUCUGGUCAACGAAUCCGGCAGCCACUCGCUGAUGAUCACCAACGUGACCCGCUUGGAUGCCGGAGCUGUCCAGUGUCUGGCCCGCAACAAGGCCGGUGAGGUGGCCAUCGAGGCGCAGUUGAAUGUGCUGGAGAAGGAGCAGGUUGUCGCACCACAAUUUGUUCAACGCUUCAGCACCAUGACUGUGCGCGAGGGUGAGCCGAUCACCAUGAGUGCCAAUGCCAUUGGAACUCCCCAGCCGCGGAUCACCUGGCAGAAGGACGGCGUCCAGAUCUCGUCCACCGCCGAGCGCUUUGUGGGCAUCGACGGUGGGGCCACCUGCCUGGAGAUUCCGCGCGUCAGUGCUAGCGACGCUGGAUGGUACCAGUGCACCGCCCAGAACAUCGCUGGAUCCACGGCCAAUAGGGCCAGGCUGUAUGUCGAGGUUCCCAGGGAACAACCAAGUUACGAGCAGCGUCGUCUCAAUCUCCCGAGACCAACGAAAGUCAUCGAGCCAGAACCCAUUCCUGGCCCCGAAAUCAUCUACCUGCGCCAUGUGGAGCGCGCCAAGCCCCAUCUGCGUCCUGGUGAGGAGGAUCGCGUCUAUCCGCCGCCUCAGUUCAUCAUCCCGCUGCAGAAUGUGCAGCAGACCGAAGGUGGCCGCGUCCACAUGGAGGCCCGCAUCGAACCGGUGGGCGAUCCCACCAUGGUCGUCGAGUGGUACCUCAAUGGACGUCCGCUGGCAGCCAGUGCCCGCGCCACAUCCGUCUUCAAGUUCGGAUUCAUUGCUCUGGAUCUGCUGAGCAUUAUGGGCCACGACUCCGGGGAGUACAUGUGCCGCGUUAGCAACGCCAGUGGGGUUGCCGAGUCCCGGGCUAUUCUGUCCGUGGUGCAGCGCCCCUCCAUCGAGCAGUCGUCGCAGAAUCCUAACAGUCUGCAGUACAUCAACCAGCUGGAGGACUACUCGCGCUACCAGCGCACGGAGAGCGUCGAUGAGCAGCUAAACCAGGCGCCGCAGUUCAUCCGCCAACUGCGCGAUCUCGGCGAGUUCGAGGAGGGCAAGAACGUGCACUUCGAGGCCCAGGUAACCCCGGUAAACGAUCCCUCCAUGCGGGUGGAGUGGUACAAGGACGGACUGCCCAUUACGGCCAGCUCUCGCAUCACCGCCAUCUUCAACUUCGGCUACGUCUCCCUGAACAUCUUGCACCUGAGAGCCGAAGACGCAGGCACCUAUACAGUGCGGGCGGUGAAUCGCAUUGGAGAGGCCAUCAGUCAGUCCUCGAUUCGUGUCCACUCACGUUCCCAGGUCACUGCAGAUCUGGGUAUUCCGGAACAGCAGCGUUACAUCGAGAAGGUGGAGGAACUGGAGGACUACCGCAAGUCCCAGCAGCGUCGCCAUGUCCAGGAGGCCGCAGAGGCAAUCGCCCCACCGCAGUUCAAGACUCCCAUCCAGAACCAAUUGGAUCUGCGCGAACACGCGCAUGCGCACUUUGAGGCGCGACUCGAACCCAUCGGGGAUUCGACCAUGCGCGUGGAGUGGCUGAAGGAUGGUCAGCCCCUGGAGGCCAGUUCCAGGAUCACCACGUACCACAACUUUGGCUAUGUGGCGCUGACCAUCAAGCAGCUGACCAUUUACGAUGCCGGCACCUACACCUGCCGUGCCUACAAUGCCAUGGGUCAGGACACCACCGUGGCCCAGCUGACGGUGAUCUCCAAGAACGAAAUUGUCUCGGAGACCCAGCACCCGGGUGGUCUGCAGAAGAUCCAGCAUCUGGAGGACUCAUCGCGCUACGGACGUCGCGAGGAGGAGGAGACCUACGUCACCACGGCUCCCCGUUUCCUCGGUCCCCUGAAGGGCACCACCAAGAUCCUCGAGGGCCAGCGGGCUCACUUCGAGGCCCGUGUGGAGCCCCAGAGCGACUUGGGCCUCGUGAUCGAGUGGUACCACAACGGUCGCUCCAUCACCGCUGCCAAUCGCAUCCAAACCUACUACGACUUCGGCUACGUCGCCCUGGACAUUUCCCAGGUGCGCGCCGAAGAUGCCGGCGUCUAUCUCGUAGUGGCCAGGAACAAGCUAGGUGAAGCUCAGCAGCAAGCAACGAUGAUAGUGGAAACUCGUUCCAGUAUCGACACAUCUAGCAUGCACCGCGGCCUGUACGAGAAGACCCAGAAUUUGGAGAACAAACCUUUCGUGGAGCCUCAGUACGACAUCGAGGAGAUCUCCAAGUCCAAGCCGGUGUUUGUCACCCCAUUGACCGACCCCAAACCCAUCCACGAUGGCAAGAACAUCCAUCUGGAGUGCCGUUUGGAGCCGAUGGGUGAUCCCACCAUGCGCGUCGAGUGGUUCCACAAUGGUCGCCCCGUUACCGUGGGUUCCCGUUUCCGCACUUACUACGACUUUGGCUUCGUGGCUCUGGACAUAAUCAAGGCCACGGCCGCCGAUUCCGGAGAGUACACCGUGAGGGCCACCAACCACUUGGGAACGGCACACACCUCAGCCUGCGUGCGUGUGAUCGAUCACACGGAUGUUGUGACUGAGACCCAGAACGAACAAUCGCUGGAGCAGAUCCAACUGCUCGAGGACUCUCGCCGUCGCCAUCACCAGGAGGAGGACAUCACCAUCAUGCAGGCGCCCCAGUUCACCAGGGGUCUGCACAACAUCGAAACCAUCGAGGGCACCAAUGUGCACUUGGAGUGCCGCCUGCAGCCCGUGGGAGAUCCCAGCAUGCGCAUCGAGUGGUUCGUGAAUGGAAAACCUGUGAAGACAGGCCACCGCUUCCGUCCCGCUUACGAAUUCGAUUAUGUAGCCUUGGACCUGCUUGGCUGCUACGCCAUCGAUUCGGGUGUCUACACCUGCCAGGCCAGAAACCAACUGGGCGAGGCAGUCACCUCCUGUUCCGUGCGCAUUAUCGCCAAGAACGAUCUGAUCUUGGAGACGCAGAACGAGUCGGGUCUGCAGAAGAUCCAGUACUUGGAGGACUCGACCCGUCAUCGCCGCAGCGAGUUUGUCGACGAGGUGGUCAACAUUCGUCCGCGUUUCCUCACCCAUCCGAAGAGCUUGACCAACACCCGCGAGGGUGGUCACGCCCACUUCGAGUGCAAGAUCGAACCGGUCACCGAUCCCAACCUAAAGGUGGAGUGGUUUAAGAACGGUCGUCCCAUCACUGUGGGUCAUCGCUUCCGUCCCAUCCACGAUUUUGGCUACGUGGCCUUGGACAUUGUCCAUUUGAUUGCCGAGGAUUCCGGUGUCUACACUUGCAGGGCCGUUAACUUGAUCGGCUCCGAUGAAACCCAGGUGGAGCUGCAGUGCCGCAGCGGUGAGCAGAUCGUAACUGUCACCCAGAACGAGGCUGGCUUGGAGCAGAUCCACUACCUGGAAGAUCGCACGAGGUACACCCGUCGGGAGCAGAUCGACGAGAGCACCAAGCAGGCUCCGGUAUUCACCACCUCCCUAAAGAACGUUGAGAUCAAGGAGAACCAGAGGGCCCACUUUGAAUGCCGCCUCAUUCCCGUUUCGGAUCCUUCGAUGCGUGUUGAGUGGUACCACAACAAUCUGCCACUGAAGUCUGGUUCUCGCUUCACUGAGACCAACAACUUCGGUUUUGUGGCUUUGGAUAUUAUGUCCACUCUGCCUGAGGAUGCCGGUACCUACACCUGCCGUGCUUUUAAUGCCGUGGGUGAAGCAAUUACCUCCGCUGUGGCAGUCGUGCACACCAAGAAGUCCAUCUACCUGGAGUCGCAGCAUGAGACCGCUCUGCCACGUCUGCAGCACUUGGAGGAUGGCUCCAAGCGUCAGCGCAUCAGCGUUCAGGAUGAGUUCGUGUCACAGGCUCCUGUGUUCACCAUGCCGGUGAGGGAUGUCCGAGUGGCUGAGAACCAGGCGGUGCACUUCGAGGCUCGUCUGAUUCCAGUGGGAGAUCCCAACUUGAAGGUGGAGUGGCUGCGUAAUGGUCAACCCAUUGAGGCUUCAAACCGCACCACCACCAUGCACGACUUUGGUUACGUGGCUCUCAACAUGAAGUAUGUGAAUCCCGAGGACUCCGGCACCUACACCUGCCGCGCUGUCAACGAGCUGGGUCAGGCGGUCACCUCCGCCUCGCUCAUUGUGCAAUCGAAGACCUCCAUUCAGCUGGAGACCCAGCACGAGGCUGCCAUGCACAAGAUCCACCAGCUGGAAGAUCACAGCAGAUAUCAGCGCAGGGAAGAGGAGGAGUACACGGUGACCACCGCCCCGGUGUUUGUUACCAAGCUGAUUGGACCCAGCAAUCUGGUCGAGGGUCAGAGCGCUCACUACGAGUGCCGCAUUGAACCCUACCCAGAUCCUAAUCUCAAGGUGGAGUGGUUCCACAACGGAAAGCCCCUGAGCACUGGUCAUCGUUUCCGUACCACGUACGACUUUGGAUUCGCCGCUCUGGACAUCCUGACUGUCUACGCGGAGGAUAGCGGCGAGUACACUUGCCGAGUGACCAACAACCUUGGUGAGGCAGUCAACUCGAUUGCCCUGAACGUGACUUCGCGUUCGUCUAUCAUCCAUGAGACGCAGCACGAGGAGGCUCUAACCAAGAUCCAGCAUCUGGAGGAUACUUCGCGCUUCCAGAGGAAGACCGACGAGGAGCAGUUCCAUGCCGAACGUCCUCAAUUCGGGCGCCCACUCCGUAAUGCCAAGGUCAACGAGGGAACUCCCGUCCAUCUGGAGGCCACUUUGAUCCCUGUGAAUGAUCCCACCAUGAAGGUGGAAUGGUACUGCAACGGUACGCCGAUACAGACGGGUCACCGCUUCAAGACCACCUACGAUUUCGGCUUCGUGGCGCUAGACAUUCUGUAUGCCCAUGCCGAGGACACCGGCACCUACAUGUGCAAGGCCAAGAACGCCAUUGGAGAAGCUGUCACGACUUGUGCUGUAAACGUAACAGCAAACAAGACGCUCGACCUGGACACUUUGGAUGCUCAGCGUUUGGAGAAGAUUCGCCAGCUGGAGAACUAUGCUCCUCCCACUAAACCAGUGGUGGAGGAGAAGGGACAGAAGCCCAUUUUCCUUACGCCGCUAAGCAACCUGGAACACCUGAAGGAGGGCGAACACGCCCACUUGGAGUGCCGAGUGGAACCGAUCAACGAUCCCAACCUUAAGAUCGAAUGGUUCUGCAACGGCAAGCAAUUGCCUACAGGUCAUCGUUACCGCACCACCCACGACUUUGGCUAUGUUGCCUUGGACAUCCUGUACGUCUAUGGCGAGGAUACCGGCACCUACAUCUGCAAGGCCACCAACCAGCUGGGUGAGGCUGUAAACACCUGCAAUGUGCGCGUUUUGAACCGCCGCAGCAUGAUCCUGGAUACCCAGCAUCCCGAUGCCCUGGAGAAGAUCCAGAAGCUGGAGUCGAAGGUGCCGAAUUCCCGUACCGAGGUUGGAGAUACACCAAUCAGUCCUCCCCAUUUCACCGCCGAACUUCGCGGCUCGACUGAGAUCUAUGAAGGACAAACCGCUCACUUUGAGGCUCAGGUCGCUCCAGUUCACGAUCCCAACUUGCGCAUCGAGUUCUACCAUAAUGGUAAGCCCUUGCCUUCGGCUUCUCGCUUCCAUAUCACCUUCGAUUUUGGAUACGUCUCUUUGGACAUCACUCAUGCUGUGGCCGAGGACGCCGGAGAAUAUUCCGUGCGUGCUGUUAACGCUUUGGGUCAGGCUGUGUCGUCGACCAAUCUGCGCGUUAUUCCGCGUGGUACCAUCAUCUCGGAUACCCAGCAUCCCGAGGGACUGGAGAAGAUCCGCAAGUUGGAAUCGAUGGCGCCACAUCAGCGCCAGGAGCCCGAGACUCCUGGCACCCGCCAGCGUCCGGUGUUCACUCAACCACUUCAGAACAUCGAUAGGAUCAAUGAGCACCAGACGGCUCACUUCGAGGCGCGCUUGAUUCCCGUGGGAGAUCCGAACUUGAAGGUGGAGUGGUACCGCAACGAAAAGAUCAUCGAAGACAGUUCCCGCAUCACCAAGCAGCACGACUUUGGCUUUGUCUCGCUCGAUAUCUCGCACAUCCGCAAGGAAGAUGAGGGCGUGUACAUGUGCCGUGCAGUCAAUCCUUUGGGAGAGGCUGUGACCACCGCUUCUAUGCGUGUCGUCUCCGAGGCCAGCAUCCAGAUGGAUACCCAGCACCCGGACAGCAUCAGCCGCAUCCAUCAGUUGGAGAAACCAGUGGCUCCGCGUCCCAGCGAGCCAGAGCGCCUGUUUGAGAAGCCGAUCUUCACUCAACUGCUCACUGGGCCCUCGGAAUUGUGGGAGGGAACUCAUGCCCACUUCGAAGCACGAGUCGUGCCUGUGGGAGAUCCCUCGCUCAAGUUCGAAUGGUUCAUCAACGGUGUGGAGCUGCAAAUGGGCUCUCGUCUGCGCACCACCCACGACUUUGGUUUUGUCACUUUGGACAUUACCGCUGUGGUGCCCGAGGAUGCUGGUGUUUACAUGUGCCGUGCCUAUAACGCCGCUGGUGAGGCUGUGUCCUCCACCGCCAUGAAGGUGAAGACCAAGUCCAACAUCGAUGGUCAGCCUUUGAUCCCGGAGUCCUGGGAGGCUAUUCGUCUCAAGGAGGCUGCCAUGAACCGUGUGCCAGAAAUGUUUGUGGAUUCGACACCACAGCAGGCUCCGGUGUUCACCACCCAUCUGCAGAGCUACGACAAGCUGCAUGAGGGUCAGCACGUCCUCUUGGAAGCCCAGGUGGAGCCUCGUGCGGAUCCCAACCUCCGCAUUGAGUGGUUCAAGAAUGGUAUUUCCCUGACCACUGGCUCCCGCAUCCGCAGCACCUUUGACUUCGGACUGGUCACUCUGUCCAUCAACGGAUUGCGUUCGGAUGACUCGGCUAUUUACACCUGCAAGGCCACCAACCAGGUGGGUGAAGCUGUUUCGACUUCCUCUCUUAAGAUCGAGGAUCGUCACUGGCUGCAGGCCGAGUCCUUACAUCCGGAUUCGCUACCUCGCAUUGGAGAGCUGGAGGCGCCCAAGGAGGGACGUCCCGAAGCUCCAGAGCCGACUUACGAAACUCCCGUGUUCAUCACUCAUCUGAACAACAUCGAGUGCAAGGAAAGCGACAACGUGCGCUUCGAGUGCAAUGUGGAGCCGGCUCGCGACCCCACCAUGUCUAUCGAGUGGUUCUACAACGGACAGCCACUGCAGGCCGCUGCCAAGUUCAAGUCCAUCUAUGACUUUGGGUACUGCGCCUUGGAUUUGACCAACUCCUAUGCUGAGAACAGCGGUGUUUACACCUGCAAGGCCACCAACAGCAAGGGAUCGGCCACCACCUCGGGCACCCUUAAGUGCACCGGUGGCAAGACCAUGUUCCUAGACACCCAGCAUCCGCAGGGUGAGGCCGGUCUCGAGGCUGUUCAGGAAACUGAGGAGGAGCUGGCCAAUCGCUAUACCAGCAAGACUGCCAAGCCUGAGACCCAAUAUCCACCACCAGUAUGGACCAAGCCACUGCAGGCCGAAUUCCAUCUGUCGGAGGCCCAACCCAUCCAUCUGGAGGCCAACGUGGAGCCCAAGGAGGACCCCAACUUGUUUAUCGAGUGGUACUUCAACGGCAAGAUGCUGCAGCAUGGCUCUCGUUUCAAGAUGACCAGCGAAUUUGGUUUCGUCACCAUGGACAUGAUCGAGGUUUAUGCUCGUGAUCAGGGCAUAUACACCUGCAAAGCGUACAACAAGGCUGGCGAGGCAUUCACUUCGACCACCAUCUUCUGUUCGAGCAAGGAGAACAUCAUCGAUUCUACGCAGCACCCGAAGGGAGCUGAGGGCUUGGAACAGAUCCAGGAUCUGGAAGACUCUCUCCGCAAGGAUGGCUCCAAGCCGGAGCAACCGGAUCUAGGAAUCCCACCACGCUUCACCACCGAGUUUGUAAACAUCGCUGACAUUGGUGAGGGUGAGCUGGCUCACUUUGAAGCCAAUCUCAUUCCCGUUGGCGACCAGAGCAUGGUCAUCGAGUGGUUCUACAACAGCAAGGUUUUGGAAGCCAGCCACCGUGUGCGUACCAUCUACGCUUUCGGUACAGUGGCUCUGGAGGUUCUUGGCACCAAGAUCGAGGACACCGGCACCUACACUUGCCGCGCUACUAACAAGCAUGGAACCGCUGAGAUCAGCUGUAACCUGGAGUGCGUGGACAAGCCGAGGGGCCAGAAGCCGCGAUUCACCUCCCACAUCCAGCCGCUGCAGGGCCUGAAGGACGGUCAGUCCGCCCAUUUCGAGUGCACUCUGAUCCCGGUCAACGAUCCGGAGCUGAAGGUGGAGUGGUAUCACAACGGCAAGCUGAUGCGUCACUCAAACCGCAUCAAGACCGUCUCCGAUUUCGGCUACGUCGUCUUGGACAUUUCCUAUCUGCAGGAUCAUGACAGUGGAGAGUACGUGUGCAGGGCGUGGAACAAGUACGGCGAGGACUUUACUCGCACCACCCUCAAUUGUGGAGGUCGUGGUGGUGUCUUCUAUGACAGCCUGCAGCCAGAUUCGCUUCAGAGGAUCAGGGAGCUGGAGUGCCCGCAAGGACAGCAGGGAGAUACCUCCGCUCCUCUGGUUGCUGAGCCACCCAAGUUCAUCACCCAGAUCGUGGAUGUCACCAAGCUGGUGGAGGGACAGUCGGCUCACUUUGAGGCGCGUUUGACUCCAAUUACAGAUCCCGACCUGGUGGUGGAAUGGUACUUCAACGGCAAGAAACUGCCGCAUGGACACCGUUUCCGCACCUUCCACGACUUUGGAAUUGUCAUCCUGGACAUCCUGUACUGCUACGAGGAGAACUCUGGAGUAUACGAGGCCAGGGCUCACAACAAGUAUGGUGAGGAUGUUACUCGUGCCACGCUUAAGUGCGCCUCUAAGGCCAGCCUCAUUCUGGACUCCCAGCUGCCGCGAGGCAUGGAAGGUGGUCUGGAGAAGAUCGCCAACCUGGAGUACAGCAUGGUGCGCACUCGCGAAGAAACCACAGAAGAGACAAAGGGCAAGGCUCCAGUCUUCACUGUGCCGCUAGAGAACAUCGACAAUCUGCGAGAGGGUGAGAAUGCCCACUUUGAGGCCAGGAUCACCCCGGCCGAUGAUCCCAAGCUGAAGGUCGAGUGGUACUGGAACGGACGUCCAUUGAAGGCCGGUUCUCGUUUCCGUACUUUCUGCGACUUCGGCUUCGUGAUCCUGGAAAUUUCCCCUGUGUAUCCCGAGGACUCCGGCGAGUACUCUUGCCGCGCCAUCAACGAGUAUGGUGAAGCAGUGACCACGGCCUCGAUGAAGAUCCAGGGCAAGCGCAGCAUCAUCAUGGAAUCCCAGCUGCCAAAGGGCAUGGAGGGAACCAUCGAUCGCAUCGCCGAACUGGAGGGCUUGGGCUCCCGCAGCACCGAAUUUGUGCCGGAUGACGAUACUGGCAAGCCGCCAGAGUUUAUCACCUCACCCUUCGACAUGGUUAUUGGUGAAAAUGCUCUGGCCCACUUUGAGUGCCGCUUGCAGCCGAUCAACGACCCGUCGAUGCGUGUGGAUUGGUUCCACAACGGAAAGGCCUUGUGGGCUGGCUCCCGCAUCAAGACCAUUAACGAUUUCGGAUUCGUGAUCCUCGAAAUCGCCGGUUGCUAUCAGCGCGAUUCGGGAUUGUACACUUGCAAGGCUACGAACAAGCAUGGUGAGGCUACGGUCUCUUGCAAAUUGCAGGUCAAGGGUCGCCAAGGCAUCGUCAUGGAGCCACAAUUGCCCUCCAACUUCCGCACAGGCACUGAAAGCCUGCAGAAACUGGAGGAGAGCAUGCACAAGCGUGAGGAGAUUGUGAUCGACGACGAGCAGCCCAACCCACCGAAGUUCACCGAGGACAUCAAGGACAACCUAGAUGUGCCCGAAGGUGGUCCAAUUCACUUUGACUGCCGCGUGGAGCCUGUGGGCGACCCAACCAUGCGUAUUGAGUGGUUCUACAAUGGUCAUGUCAUGGCUACCGGAUCUAGGGUCCACCAGCUGAAUGACUUCGGCUUCAUCGCCUUGGAUGUUGACUACAUCUAUGCCAGGGACUCGGGAGAGUAUACUUGUCGGGCUACCAACAAGUGGGGCACUGCCACCACCACCGCCAAGGUCACCUGCAAGGGCAAGCACAAUAUUGUCUAUGAAUCGCAACUGCCCGAGGGCAUGACCUCCGAUAAGUUGAAGGAACUGGAGCGCGGUCGCAUUCCAGAAGCCCCGAAGGUGGUUGAGGAAGAGUUUGGACCACCGAAGUUCACCACUCAGAUCACUUCUGUGACUGCCGAUGAGGCAGAGGCCGUGCGAUUUGAGUGCCAGGUGGAACCCAAGACAGAUCCCAGCCUGCGCGUGGAAUGGUACCGCAAUGGCAAGCCCCUGCCCUCCGGACACCGUUACAGGAACAUCUUCGACAUGGGCUUCGUUUCCCUGGAUAUUCUGUAUGUCUACGGAGAGGAUUCUGGAGAGUACGUGUGCCGCGCCAUCAACAAUCAUGGCGAGGAUCGCACCAAGGCCACUGUGUCUUGCAAGAAACUGCCCACCAUCUUGCUCCAGAACCAAGUGCCUCGCGGCAUGAAGCGUUCGGAUGCGCUUACUCAAAUGGAAGCCACCAUCAAGAAGUAUACCUCUGAGGUCCAUUUGACCGAGGAUGAUCUCUUCGAUCCCGAUCGCAAGCAGCCUCCUCGUUUUGUCACCCAGAUCAAGGAACAGCUUACCCUGACCGAGAUGGCCGUGACCAAGUUCGAAUGCCAGUUGGCUCCUGUGGGAGAUCCCAACAUGAAGGUCGAGUGGUUCUUCAACGGCAAGCCUUUGCUGCACAAGAACCGCUUCCAGCCCAUCUAUGAUUUCGGUUAUGUGGCAAUGAACUUUGGCUGGGUUUAUCCCGAAGACAGUGGGGAGUACGUGUGCCGUGCCACCAACUUGUAUGGCAAGGACGAGACUCGUGCCUUCAUCAAGGUUUCUGGCAAGCCCGGCAUUGUCUACGAUUCCCAGCUGCCCGCUCACAUGCAGAGCAUUGACCGCAUCCGUGAAAUGGAAGCCUCAUGGCAAGUGGUGCCCGACGAGGUUGAUCCCGAUGCCAAGCCCAGAACCAAGCCGGUGUUUGUGAGCAAACUGGAACCCCAGACUGUGGAGGAGGGUGAUUCAGCUAGAUUCUGUGUCCGUGUCACCGGACACCCACGUCCCAGGGUUAUGUGGCUGAUCAAUGGACACACUGUUGUACAUGGCUCCCGCUACAAGCUGACCAACGAUGGCAUGUUCCAUCUGGACGUCCCGAAGACUCGUCAGUACGACACUGGAAAGGUAGAGGUGAUUGCUCGCAACUCUGUGGGUGAAUCGAUUGCCAGCACUGAGCUGAAGGUUGUUGCCCGCUCGGAUGAUUAUCGUAAUGUGCUGAAGAACUCGCCACGUCCAUGGUAUGAUUACGAACUAGCUGCCUACCAGAAGGAGCGCCAGGAGAACGAACUGGAGAAGGUAUUCGACGAGCGUAAGCAGGUUCUUUCCGAGCAGAGCUCACAUACCCUGAAGGGAGUGGAGCACCUCAAGCCCAAGCAAUAUAAACCACCAACACCUGACUGGCAGCAAAAUGUCAAGGCCAAGAAGAGCGAGGAUUACUACAACAAGCUGCAGACUCUAGAAACUGAGCAGCUUCUAAAGGAGACCAACCUUCGUAGGGACAAUCAUCAGUACGCCAUUCCCGGCGAGAAGGUCGUGAGCAGCUCUCAGGCCAAGGGAAUGGCCCAGUCGUACGAAGAAAAUCUGCAAGAGAAGACCAGUACCACCCAGGUGCAGGCUGCCCCACCCAAGGGCACCGCUGAACCCUCCGAAUCCUCUGUCCAUGGACGCGAGGUUCACAUGAACAAGCAGCAGCAGGUGCAGAAGGAGAUCCAGGGUGACCUCGAGAUUACCCGCAAGAUCACCGCCACCGAAACCACCGAGGUGGAGCACAAGGGCACCAUUCAGGAGCGAGUGGUCCAAGGACCCGUGAAGCCAGCUAAGGCUCCGGUCUUCACCAAGAAGAUCCAACCUUGCCGCGUCUUUGAAAACGAGCAGGCCAAGUUCGAAGUGGAAUUCGAUGGCGAGCCCAAUCCCACGGUUAAAUGGUUCCGCGAAAGCUUCCCCAUCCAGAACUCGCCAGAUUUGCAGAUCCACACCUUUAGCGGCAAGUCGAUUCUGAUUAUCCGUCAGGUGUUCGUCGAGGAUUCCGCCGUGUUCUCGUGUGUGGCCGAAAAUCGUGGAGGAACCGCCAAGUGCAGUGCCAAUCUCGUGGUCGAGGAGCGUCGUCGUGCCGGAAAGGGUGGCAUUCAGCCUCCCAGCUUUGUGACCACCAUCCAGAGCACCACCGUGGCCACCGGACAGCUGGCUCGCUUCGAUGCCAAGGUCACGGGAACCCGCCCCCUGGACGUUUACUGGCUGAAGAACGGCAUGAAGAUUCAGCCGAGCAUCAAGUUCAAGAUGCUUGAGGAGGACAGUGUUCACACCCUGCUCAUCAUCGAACCCUUCGCCGAGGAUUCCGGUCGCUACGAGUGUGUGGCCGUCAAUGCCGCCGGAGAGGCUCGCUGCGAUGGCGAUUGCAUUGUCCAGUCGCCCACCAAGCCGGAGAAGCCAACCACUCCGGGCAGCGAGAAGGCCCCGCAUAUUGUGGAGCAGCUGAAGAGCCAGUCCGUGGAGGAGGGCAGCAAGGUGAUCUUCCGCUGCCGCGUGGAUGGCAAGCCCACGCCCACCGCCCGCUGGAUGCGAGGCGAGAACUUUGUGAAGCCAUCGCGCUACUUCCAGAUGAGCCGUCAGGGCGAGUACUACCAGCUGGUCAUCUCGGAGGCCUUCCCCGAGGACGAGGGCACCUACAAGUGCGUGGCCGAGAACAAGCUGGGCAGCAUUCAGACCAGCGCCCAGCUGAAGGUCCGUCCCAUCGAGAACCUGGACGCCCCGCCCACCAUCACUGCCCUCAAGGAUGUCUCCGUCACCGAGGGCAUGCCCGCCCAGUUCAAGACAACUGUGACCGGCAAGGUGAAGGCCACCAGUGUCCAGUGGUUCCGCGAGGGUCAGCUGAUCCCCGAAACCCCAGAUUUCCAGAUGAUCUUCGAUGGCAACAGCGCUGUGCUCCUGAUUGGCACCACCUACGAGGAGGAUUCGGGCAUCUUUACUGUACGCGUAACCUCGUCCACCGGCCAGGUUGAAUCCUCAGCCAAACUGACUGUUAAAAAACGACGCAUCUCGGCCUUUCAAUUGCGAACAAUUGAUUCCGCCGAGGAUGAGUCCUCUUCCUCUGGCCGGGAGGACAGUGCCCCCGAGUCGCCCCAAGCUUUCCAACCUGGCCAGCAACCCGGCCAGCAGUUUGGUCAAUUCCUGGGCGUCAACGGGCAGGGUCAGCACCAGGGUAGAUCGCGCCAGAAGAAACCCAAAGUGCGCAGCAAGUCCCUGCAGCCUGCGACCAAGGUGAUACCGUGGCGCAAAUCUUCGCGUCCCACUCGUGGGCGUUCUUUGGAUAAGGGUGUCUUUCUGCCCGGCUUCAAGCCCGAGCCGGUUAAAUCCUGGACCGAGGAGACAAUUAGCUUAAAGGCUACUCCAAUUGAGAAAAAGAAGCCUACUCCCAAACUAGAAGCAGCUCAGGUUGUUCUGAAAUCCAUUAAAACCGAACGCGAUCAGGGUAUCAUGAGUUUGGGUGCUACUCUGGAGCAGAUCAUUGCUGGUAAGACCGAAAAGGAAGCAGUUCCUUGGAUCACCAUGCGCGAAAAACUAAAGGCAGUUGAGAGUGUUCAGCAACAACUCAACAAAUUUGAUCUGGAUGAGGUCUACCUGCGACCCCUUGAGGGUCAAAUUGAAACCGAUGAGCAGCUACCGCAGCAGGCUCAGGUGGAACAGGUACAACGCACCAAAGAAAUCCAGCGGCUAAAGAGCAUGGAAAGUGUUGAGAUUAUGGAGAUGACUGACCAGAUCGAUAAGCUUAUCACACAGCAGCAAAACGCCAAGGAUCUCAUUCCCUGGAAGGAAAUGCGCCAGCAGCUGAAGAGUGUGCAGAAGGUAACCAAGCAGAUCGACAAGUUCAAGAUUGAGGAAGUUGAGCUGCGUCACCUGCAGGCUCAGCAAGCCAUCACCGAGGAAUAUCAAACUGGUAUAGCCGAAGAGACACACGUCAUGAUUGAUGAGAGCUCCAAGGGUUCGAUCUCUAAGGUUAUGCGUCGAGAUGAACUUCAGCAGUACGAAGAUCAGUCCAACAUUUAUAAGCAGCAGUUUAUCACCACCGAGGAUGUGAAUAUUAUGCAUGUUUCGGAGCGCGAAAAACUGGAGGCCCAGAAAUUGAUACGCGAACAGCAUGCUGUCAACUGGCGCCAACAACAACAGCGCCCACAAUUGCAGCCCCUGACUUCAGUCGAGGACACAAUAAUCUCUCAGACUACCGACAGACAAAAGUUAGUGCAACAGCAAAGCUCCAUCGAGGAGGCUCAGCGCCAGCAGUUCACCCAGAUCGAGGACUCGCAGAUGAUGAGCAUAGAGCAGUAUGAGCACCAGAAGAUCAUAAGCCAACGCACCCAGCAGGAGGCUUUUAGCUGGCGUGAGCCACGCGAGCCCCAAAAGUUUAUUCAGGUGGAGGACUCCUCGUUGCUUCAUCUACAGGAGCGUCAGGAUACGCAGGAGCAGCAGCUGCUGCAGCAACAACCUGUGAUGUGGGAUCGUGGUAGGAAGAAGCCGGAACAACCUCAGUAUGUGCAGCCUCAGGCGGCACCUGUUCAGGAAGAAUACGAGGAGAAGCCAAAGACGUACGAGGAAAUGCAUGAUGAGCUGGUUGAACCCACUCCGGUUCAACAGCCCCAACCGGUGCCAGUUAUGUGGGAGCGGGGCAAGAAAAAACCACAGCCACAACAAAUGGCCUUCGAGGAGGCACACGACAAGUUGGAUGAGCCCACUCCCGUCCAGCAACCAGAACCUGUGCCAGUCUUAUGGGAACGUGGCAAGAAGAAGGAAACCAUAACUUCCCAGGAAGUGGUGCAAUCUCAACUGGUCGAGCAACAGAUCGUUGAGGACACAAAGAAGACGGCUGUUCGCCGGGUGAUUCCACCACGAGAGCCGGAGCAAAAGGUGGAGCAGGUUACCUUGAAGCCAACGCCCCGUCCUCGUCCAAAGGAGACUCAGAAGACUGAAGAGAUCCAACUGAAAGCGUUGAAGAGCUCUAGGCCCGUACCACAAUCAGUGGAGCAGCCGGCGCAAAAGGCUUAUGAGGAAGUAACCGAUGAGUUGCCUGAAGAACCACUACCUCAACUGCAGGAGCAACCGCAGCCUGUCUUAUGGGAGCGUGGCAAGAAGAAGCCCCUGAAGCCCGAAGAGCAAGUGCCCGAGAUUCCCAAGACUCUCGAGGUUGCCGUCGACACUCUGGAAGAGGAGGUGCCUAAGCCCAUUGAACCUCAAUCUCAGCCUGUUUUGUGGGAGCGUGGUAAGAAGGUUAAGCCAGAACAGCAAGUUAUCGAAGAAGUGCCUAAAAAACUGGAGGUCGCUGUUGACACUCUGGAAGAAGAGGCUAAGCCUGUUCAGCCUGAGGCACAACCUGUGCUUUGGGAACGCGGUAAGAAAAAGAAGCCGCAACCACAAGAAGUUGUUGAAGAGAAGAUUGAGGAAGCUCCUGUUAAGACCUACGAGGAAGCAGUCGAUGUCCUGCCUGAAGAGCCCAAGGCUGAGGAGAGGCCAGAGCCUGUCUUGUGGCAGCGUGGCAAGAAGAAGGCUCCCAAGCCAGAGCCCGUUGAAGAAGUGCAUCCCGAUGAGGUAGAUGCCCAAAUCGAGGUUGUCGUUGAAGAAGAGCAGGCUAUUGUCGAAGAAAGGCGUCGAAUCAAAAAGACCAAAAAGCCAAAGCCCACGAAAGAAGCUCCUGAGGAGGUGUUUGAAGAGCAGCCGGAAGAGGAUAUUGCUCCCGAAGAGGAAGUGCCUAAGGAUGAAGUUAUCGAAGAGCUCGGUGAAAUUGUUGAAGAAAAACGCAAGCUGAAGAAGGCAAAGAAGCCCAAGCCAACGCAGCAGGUGACCGAAGAGGAACAGCCUGAAAAAGAAGUAAUCGAAAAGCAAGAAGAAAUCGUUGAAGUGCAAGAAUCGGCCGUGGAAGAACAAGAAGAGGUUGUGGAAGAGAAGAAAAAGGUCAAGAGAGUAAAGAAACCCAAACAAACCGUUGAAAAGACUGAUGUUGAAGAACAGCCCGAAGAGGAAAUUCAAGAAGAGGAGCCCAUAGAAGAACAAGAAGAGAUCGUGGAACAAGAAGAGAUCUUGGAAGAGAAGCGAAAGGUAAAAAAAGUAAAGAAACCCAAGAAGACUUUAGAAAAGACGGAAGUAGAAGAAGAACAGGCAGUAGAGGAAACUCUCCAAGAAGAAGAAAUUACCGAAGAGCUAGAAGAAAUUGUAGAGGAACAGCGCGAGGCGAAAAAGAUUAAGAAGCCUAAAAAGAAGGUCACCGAAGAGGAGUCAGUAGAGCAUGCAGAAGAGGUUGAAGAACCUAUUGAGGAGGUUGAAGAAUCAGUUCCCGAGGAACCCAAAAAGCCCAAGCCUGCACCCAAGGUUCAAGAGGUUGAGCAAGUUGAAAAAGUUUCGCUGAAGUCUGCGCCAAGAAAACAACGUCCUCUGCCCGAGAAAGAACAAUUGGAGGAGGUUACGUUAAAACCCCUGAAAAGGACUGCAGUUGUCUCCGAAGCCACACAACCCGAGACACCUGAAACAGAAUUCGAGGUAAAAGAAUUUGUUGUUACAACUGAAGAUCAAAUAGUGGAUGUGACGAAAAAGCGCGUCAAGAAGAAGAAGCCUAAGACGAAAACUACCACCGAAGAAUCAACCGAAGAACCUGUUGAAGAUAUCGAAGAGCUUGAGGAGGAGGAAACUCAGCCUGAAGAAGUGCCGCCAGUCGAAGUUAUUCCUGAGGAACAGCCUGUCGAAGAAGUUACCCCCGAACAAAAAAUUGCACCCAAGCCGAAGCCAAGAAAGGAAGAAAUCAUUGAGAAGGUGGAAGAAGUUGCUCUUAAGAGGGUAACUCGGCCAAAGAAAGAGCUUCCCCAGGAGGCGACCAUCGAGGAAGUACGCCUGAAGCCAACUCAACGCACAUCUAUCAAGCCCGAAGAAGUCAAGCUGGAGGAAGUAGACUUGCAGCAUGUCGAGAGAAAGGAGGAAGAAAUCGUCCAGGAGGAGAAGCGUAAGACCAAGAAGGUGAAGAAGCCGAAACACGAAGAUUUGCCCGAAAUAGCCGAUGCUGAGCCAACCCAACUGGAGGAGGCCGAACACAUCGACAUUGAGAAGGAGCCUAAGCCCGAAGAGGAGCAACCUCAGGUGCCGUGGAAGCGAGAAGAGAAGAAGAAACCGGAAGAGGAAGUGUUGGAGGAAAAGAAGUGGCCAUCCGGUAAACGCCGUCCACUGCCCGAAGAGCAGCCGGAAGAAGUUCAACUCAAGCCAAUUCCUUCAAAACCAGUGGAAGAGCCGCAAAGGCCAGAAAAAGCCAUCCCCGGUCCACAACUUGUGCCAGAAGAAAAGCCAGAUAGCGAAGAUGAGGAACUGCAGCUUGAACCCCUCAAGCUGCCCGAAGAUAAGCAGCCUAAGGAGCCUAAGGUUAAAAAGGAAAAAAAGAAGAAGCCCAAGCUGAAGAAGGCCACGCCCUCAGUGGACGAGGUGUCGGAAGAAGAGGUUGUGCCCUUCGACGAGCCUAUCGUGGAGGAAGAUCAAGUGGAAGAGUUGCCAGUGGAAGAUAUUAAGGUCGUGGCAGUUUCGGAAGACGUUCUGCCCGAAGAGGAAGUUGUACCCACAGAGGAGACGCCUGAGGCCAAGCAGAAGGCGCAUAAGAAGCGCACAAAACGACUAAAGGAGGCCUCCAUCGAAGGACAACCCCAGCUACUAGAAGCGGCCAUUGCUGAAAUCGAAAAGGUGGAUGAAAUAUCCCAAGAGAUCUCACAAAAGACUAUUACUCUACUCAAAAAGACUGAAGACACAAGACCUCAAUUCAUUACGACUGAACAGCUCAUCGAGCUGGAUGUGGAAGACGUCCGACGUGAUCUCGAGAUGAAAGUCACAUCGAACAUCAUCAAAAAGGAGAAGCGUCGCGUGGUGCUGGACGACAGCCAACCCCUGCCGGAGUUGGAGUUGAUCACGCAGAAGAGAAUUCAAGAGGGCAUUGACAAGGUGGCCGACGAGGAGCUCAUAGAGGACCAGCAGCUUACUCAAAACCUGGAAGAGACGACCACCGCCGAGGUUAUUGGUCAGGAGCGCAAGCUGGUUAAGAAGAAGAAGAAGGAGAUUAAGCCACCUAGGAUUACCGAGAAGCUGCGUCCCCGUCAAUGCGUUCCCGAAGAACCCACCGUGCUAGAGUGCAAGGUGGAAGGAGUUCCAUUCCCCGAGAUCAACUGGUACUUCAACGACAUCCUACUGUUUGCUUCGGAGAAGUACGAGAUCACUGUCGUCGAGCAAGUGGCACAGCUGAAGAUUGCCAAGGUCACACCAAGCGAUGUUGGCGUCUAUACAUGUGAGGCCAAGAACGAGGCUGGAGUCGCAACAAGUCGUACCAACAUUAUAUUAGAAAAAGAACAAGGAGUUGCACCCCAGUUUACAAAACCACUAAAGAUUGAGUUUACUGAGGAGAAGCAGCCCGAGCGGCUAAAGGUUACGGUGACCUGUCAAGUGGCAGGAAAACCCAAUCCUCAGGUGAAAUGGUACAGAGGUGUAGAGGAAGUUAUCCCCAGUGAGACCGUGCAAUUGUUCUAUGAUGAGAAAACCGGUGAUGUGGCUCUGGAGGUUAUCAACCCCACUCCCAAUGAAGCAGUUAUCUACUCUGUGCAGGCGCAGAACCAAUUUGGACGUGCCAUUGGCAAUGCCAAUAUCCUAAGUCGGGUUGAUGAAGUUCCCCGGGAGAUUCUCAAGGCACCCACCGUAACUCCAUUGAACGCCGUGGUUGUACCUACUGGUGGUACACUCUUCUUCGAGGCCAAAUACGACGGCUUGCCUAGGCCAGAAGUCAAAUGGAUGCGCAAUGGUCGCGAGGUCAUCGAGAAUGAGGAGAUUAUCAUAGAAACCACAGAGACUACAACCACUAUUAAGGUUAUCAAUAUGACGCGAAAGCGAACUGGCAAAUACGAAGUCUGGGCGAAGAACAAGGUUGGCGAAGCCAAGUCUUCGGGAUCGGUGGUGGUCUCAGAUCAGAAGCCCGAUGAGCAAAUAAGGCCACCAAGAUUUGUUCAGCCCCUCGAGCCCAAAUACUUUGGCGAGCACGAAGUGGCUAUUAUCGAAGCGGUUGUGGACUCUGAGCCAUUAUCCUCCUUCCAGUGGUUUGUGCACAACGAGCCAGUCAAGAGUUCCAACGAAGUGCGCAUUGUUAGCCAGGCCAACAAGUCAACGCUGCUGAUUGAGGACUUCCAGAAGCAAUUCGUCGGACCCUUCACUUGCCGGGCCGAGAAUGUGGGUGGUUCAGUGACGUCAACGGCCACCGUCAACCUAACGGAAGCUCUGCCCCAAGAGGAGGCAGAGGAAUUCGAGUCGCCGCGCUUCGUCGAGGAACUCAUUCAACCCGUGGAGGUAAUGGACGGCGAGGCAUUGCUGCUGACCUGCCAAGUUACCGGAAAGCCCACUCCAAAGGUGGAGUGGUAUCACAAUGCUGAGAAGAUCUCUGAGAACAAGGAAACUACGAUAUCGCAAGACUUGCAAGGCAAUUGCCAGCUGCAGAUUACGGAAGUUUUCCCCGAAAACGAGGGCAAAUACGAGUGCGUGGCCACAAACAAGGUUGGCAAGAGCGUGAGCAAGACAAACGUUAAAAUACAAGCAUUUGAAUAUAUCCCCGAUUCUGAAAUCACUGGACUCACAGGAUCUGAGGAGGAUCUACUAGAUAGAACUCUCUCGAUCGACGAACAAGCUCCGAAAAUAAUUAAAAAGCUGCCAGAGAAAAUAGAGCCCAAAGAGGGCGAGCAAGCGAAGCUGGAGGUUAAGGUCGUUGGAAAACCAAAACCGAAGGUCAAAUGGCUGCGCGACGACGAGCAGAUAUUCGCCUCCGAGGAAUAUCAGAUCGAAAAUUUCGAAGACGGCACCUCAGUGUUGGUGAUCAACCACGUCUAUCCCGAUGAUUUGGGUACAAUUAGUUUCGAGGCAUACAAUCCACUGGGUGUGGCAGUGACCACGGCGCUCUUUGCGGUCGAAGGCAUCGUUGGAUCGAAGGAUUACCGCAAGCCGGAAUGGGUGACUCAGAUGGAAGAAAUGCAGGUGGCUCUCAAAGAAACAGCAACCACUAAAGUGGAAAAACAAUUCAUACAGCAACAAGAAAAAGAACAUGUGCAAAUUCACGAACAACAAGAACAAGUGCAAAUACAGGCUCAGACUGAACAAAUUGUGCAGAAGAAAACGAAAACCAAAACGCAUAAAAAACACAUACAAGAACAAGAACAGAAAGUUUCCGAGUCCACAACAACCAAAUACGAACAAAGAGAAACACUGGCUCAUGAAACAACCACGGGAUCACCGCAGGCAGAAACUCUCGAGCAAAUAGAACAGCUUCUGCCAACAUUCGAGACACUAACCAUGCAAAAUCUACCAACAGACACGCUCGAAUCCGUUGCAGUUGCAGUCACCACAGAACUUUCUACUCCGAAACCAAUUCCAGCUCAGGUACAGGACGAGGUACAACCUCAAAAGGUGGUGGCCAUUAGGGAGGAGUGUUUACCACUCGAUCAGGUUGGCCUGCAAAAGGCAAUCCCACGACACGAGGAAAGCAAGCUUAGCGAAAAGGUGGAAGUGAGAAAAAUGCAUGCCGUAAAUGUGGCCGAAACAAAGACAGACGAGUUUUCUAGAGAACUCGUGCCUUCUAAAAUACCGAGAUCCAUAAGGGCCCAAUGCAAGGUGAAGGAGUCACGUCCUUUGCUGGUUGAAGCUCCCAGCGUGGAAGAAUCUAUCGAGAAUCUACAGCUACUAAAGACCGUUACUCAACAGGCACAUGGUGAUAUAUUAUUGUCCCAUGAGCUAACCGAAGAACAGCAACCUACAUUGGAAAGCAUCGAAAAGCUGAAACCAAUCCAAGCAUCGGAGGAAACCGUUCAGCAGGAACUUCUGAACCAACAGGAGCUUAUUAUCUCCGAAGUAAUCAGCAUCGAAACAGUUGGAAGGGAUGUCACUCAGAUGAAGCCAGUUGGAGAAAAUAUCGCACCACAAAUAACUCCCAAUAUAAGUCUUGGUAUUAGCGAGUGCCAACCAGAAGACUCUUUGGCUGAUAUAAAACCAGCUGCCAUGGCACGCCAGGAGUCCUCAAAGACGUCAGUAAUAGAACACAAGGCAGUCAGCGGAAGCGCAACGGCAGUUUUUGAAAGCGUGGAGCGAAUGCCACUUGAGACGCAGCCGACCAGAGGUUUGGCGGACUAUACCAUUAACGCUGAGGAGGUUCCAGUUCAGGUGCAAGAAAUCGAACCUCUUGAGAGUCUAGAAGGAGCUGAGGUUACCAAGAAACGGACUGUCGAAACUAAAGCUUUGGAACUGUUCGAGUUAGCUGAGGGUUUAGUUAAUAUCACCGCAGAUUCUCAGAGUCCAAUCGAUGAGGCUUUGCCAAGUUUUAAGGCAGAUGUGAAAAAUGCCAUUAUGGAUAUGCAGACGCAGCACCAUGUAAUAACUCUCGAAACAGUUUCAAAUGAACAGACAUCAAAGGACUUUGGGCUGAAAGAUACUCCAAAUGUUGCCGAGGGAACGUGGGGGCAAUCUAGUGCAUUGACUAUCGGCGAAACACAGGAGACCAACAUUGUGGAAACUGCAGAUGAGCUCAUGGAACCAAUUGUGGAAUCAACGAAACCAGCAAAGGGCACCCUAACAAAGGCCUAUGGAACAGCGGAAAGUAAGGAAGUGGCCCUAUUUGAUUCACUCGGCUUGGUACCAGAUGAAGAUCACAAGACAGCACAUGGUAAAGUAGUUUUCUCUGAUGGUGAAAUUGCGGCAGAAGUUCAGACUUCAAUAGUAAUUGACCGAGAAGAAGAACUUAUUUCCGCAAUUCCAGAAAUGGUGGAUGCCAAAUUAGAUUUCGUCAAGCAGACUGCAUUAGAGAUUAAUCAGGACACAACUGUGGAUAAGGAAGAGAUCCUGUCUUGCGAUAAAGGACCGACCACACAGUUAGCCGCAGAAAAGAUGAUUACUGCUGAGCUGAAAGUAUCUAGCGUAUUCCAGGUUCAACCAGGCGUGACAUCUUCUGAUAUUAUUGCUGAAGAGACAAAGUCUGUAUCAGCGAAUGAAGUCUUUGAGACUAUGUUGAUUGGGGUUACUAGUAAGCCAGAUUUCUUAGAGAGCACCAGUCGUAUACAAGACCUUCAACAGCCUGAACUCAAAACAGGUAGCUUAAUUCUGGAUGAGAACCAACAACCUCUGGAGGUAACCAAUGUACAUGUAACCGAGAUGAGCACGGAGCUCAUUGAUGUCCUUCCCAAUCAGAAGCCUAGCAAAGCCCAUGCUGUCACAGAAGCUUUGAAGUAUACCGAGGGCCUGGAGGUGGUUCCGAUGGAGUCCACGACCGACAAAACCGAAGACAUCAAACCGACGGCAGUUUUAGCCGAAAUAAGCUUGUCGCGACAAUUUGGAACCAAUGUUGGAGAGCAGGCACCCUUGGAAAGCAUUCAACAACGCGAAGAGGACGUAAAGCCUCAAACUCAAACAACAGAAAGACACUUCGGAUUACUGCAACCUCUUGAAACCAGCUCAUGCGUAACCUUUGAGGGGGAGACCAUUUUAUCAGCUGAAGAACCCCACUCUUUGCAGAGUGCUGCUAUUGAAACCUCGCCAGCUUUGCAAGUGGCCAACACCAUGAGACCCCAACACAUGGAAUCGGUGAAAGGACUAGACGAACAGAGAGAGUCCAAGCACCAGGCACAUGUUAAUAUCGGGGAAAUCACUUUACCAAAUGUUGAGGAAAACAUCCCCCUUGAUGUCUUAAGCGACUACAAUGUACCAGAGUAUAACAAGUCAUCUGUUGGUAGUGUAAAGCUUUUCAAGAAUAUGACAGCUUUGAAAACGACUACUGCUAUUGUUAAUGAACAUACAUCGGACUUGAAGGACAAAAAUAUUUCUCAGCAAGUCCACGUUAAGCCGAAACUGGGUGAAUCUACACAAAAAAUACCUAUUUCAGAAAGUGCGAAUGUUUUUGAUCAAGUUUCGGACUUAAUCGAAGUUUUACCCACCCCAGAAACGAUACAAUCUUCAAUAAAUAGUUUAUUCGAGAUUAAUGUAAGAGAAACUGAAGUUUUUGAGAAGGAAGAUCUCCUGGAAGGUGUUGCCCAGCCAAGCGAACAACUUAUUAAAAUAGCGUUAGACUCCACGACGGGCAUAGCUCUAGUUCGACAAGAAGAUACCUUCGAGCAAGAACAGGAUCUUAAAGUUCCCUCAAUGCAGUCGGAGAGAGCCCGACCUAUUUCUUCAGAGCUCCUUCAGUUGCCUGUAACUGAACACAUGGAAGAAAGCCAAAGCACCGGUGACUUGGAGGAUUUCUCCGCAUCAAACAAAUUUGCAUCUCCCAAAAUUGAUCUUAUAAAUGAAACAAAAUCAUCUGAAACGACUGUAUAUGACUCUGUUACAAAAUCUGUGACUUCUGCGUUGCCAGAUAGCAUAGUGCCCAAAAAGUCUCUAGUACCCCAUGCGCAUACUAUGGUGACUGGAAGCAUUGUUUUUGAUGCGGCUGAGAAUUUUGAAAACCUAUCUGUUGAUCAACGAAUCGCAACCAAGGUUCAGGAUAACCUAAGUCAUUCAUUUAUCUCAGAGGAUCAAAGUAUAUUGGAGUCUGAAACUUUUCUUGCUCCGGAAAAAGCCCCAAUCAAGAAAGCUAAGCUUUUGGAGGAUGUAAAAAAUCUUCAUGCUAGGCUUGUGGAUGAAGCUACCACUUAUGAAGCCAUGGGACAAUCUCACGAUGUAGAUAAGUAUAGUGUACAGCAAGCGGAAGUCACUCACGAAUUUGCUCAAGUUCAUGCAACGGAUAUACAGCUAGCUGUUGAAGCUGAGAAAGAGCUGAGAAGUGAGGAGCAAUCUUAUGCAGUAGCAACGGCCGAUCGUAUACCAUCGAGGCUUGUUUUGGCGAUGACUACAAAGACUCAGCCUGUUGAAGGAAUUGAUGACCUAUUAAGUUCGUCUGCAAACAAAUCGAUUGCUCAGACAAUCUAUGAAGGAAGACAGCAUGAAGUAAUUAUUAGCGAAGUCCGAGCGAUUGAGGAAUCCAAUGAACUCUUAGAUGCAGGUUUGCCUACUGUUUCCGCUAUGGAGUCCAUUGAUACAAUGUUCAAGGCCACACCGGAGUCUCAUCAACCACGUGUUUUCCAAAAGGAAUCAGCCAUAUUGUCUGCAUUCCGUCAGGAGUCCAAAGCAAAAUCAACUGUAGAUCUGCUUCAGGGUACAUCAAUAGAGGAUACUUUUGCCCUAGAAUCAUCUGCACAUAUUAAAGAUACGCAUGUUAAUGUACAGGAGGCGCAACAAGAGUUUGUCACUAUUGUAGAGUCAAAUAAAGUUCAGGUGUGUUUUGAUAACAUAAUCAUGCAAAAAGAAGAUAUUUUAGAAGAUACGCAAAGAGAGUAUUUUGGAAAACCAUUUAUUGAAGGCCCGCAGCUGGAAAUGCUUGUUACUGAAGUAGUGACAGUUGAAAAUGUGGGUGAUAUUGACUUACCGAUAGAGCCAGUUACAUUCCUAGGCUGUCUAACAACAAACGAUAGAAUCAAUCAAUCGCACAUUGUAGAAACGCAAAUGCCUUUAGAACUAGAAAGUGAGGCUGAAGUUGCUUACGACAAAAUAGCCCAUGCCCAGGUCAAAUCAGAGGAAGUCAGUUUACCCACAACCGUAUCUGAAGUCAAUUCUUAUGAAAAAACCGAAGACUUUCAAGAUCUAAAGGAACAGGGCCAAUUUGUUAAAAUAUCAAAAGACGCAGAUAUCAACAAGACUCAUUUGACAACAAUACAAUCGACAUUCGUAAAAGAGGAUACCCUGCCCCAACUUAAAGUAUUUGACGAUACAGCUCAAUUGUCUAGUGUUGAAUUUCAAUCUUUGGUUACCGAAGAGGUUGUCAGCAUAAGUUCUAUACAAGAAACAUUUGAGCUUAAAAUUCCAUCCGAAGGAAAAGCCAACGUAGCGCAGCAAAUUCCACAUGCGGCCGCAAACGUUUGUGAACAGAUUGCAUAUGAACAAAGUCCUGGUAUCGUAGUUAAGCCGGGCGAAAAGUGUCGCACAAUGACUAGCACAGUUCAAACAGUUAAAAAGCCAACAGAAAGUUUAAUCGUAAAUGUUUACGAAAACAUUGAGGGUCAUGGUGAUUUUAGGCCAAAUACUUCAAAGCUUUCGCCAGACACAACACCGAUUUCGGAGCUUAAGGUUUCCAUAGUAGACGAGGUGACUGCGACAACAUCAUUAGGCAGCCUUACAACAGACGCACCAAAGGAGCUGAAAGCAAUGUCAGAAACCGUUUUACACAAAAACAUUGUUUACUGCGAAGAACUUCCUUGUGAAGGUGUUACCCCAUUAUUGGAAGACAAAAUGUCACAAUUUGAGCAUGCAACAACGCAACCAUGUGAUGUCAGAGUUGCACCUUUAACAACCGAGCUAGGUGAGAAGGGAACUGUUCAGGAAAUUUUUAAGUUUCAAGCUGACGAGAAACAUGCGCUACCAUCGAUCGAAACGCAGAGUACGUAUCUAAACCAACAAACAAUAAUACAUGAGCAAGUUCAUUUAUUAGAAGAGAUGCCACAAAAGACUCAGGAAAAUGCAAUGCAUAACAUAUUUAGCACAACAUCAACUCGGCUUAGUCCUGAUACUGAAGACAUAUUAAAGACAACGAUAGUAGAAGGUAGCUUAAAAAAUGCUUUACAAGCUACACAAUUUGUGUCAGAGUCCUUGCUUGAAAUUCCUCAACUGAUGACUAAAAAUGCACACUUUGAAACAUCAACACUCGAAGAAGCACAUUCUACGACAACUGAGUCACAGACACCAUUACACGUACCAAAAGAUGACACUGAUAGUACGCAGAAGAAAAUUACACAGGAAUUUAAUAAGUUAGAAAGUUUAGAUAAAACGGUAAAAAAAUAUUUGGAUACAAAACAAAGCACAGACACCACACACACAAAACAAAAGACACCAACACAAACAUCAGAACCCCGGGCGAGUAAAAUCACAGAAACGCCAGAAAUUGUGCAAGUUAUUCAUACAAUGUCUGAAGAUGGAACACCGAAAGAGAAAAAGAUUCGAACUCGGUUAAUCAAAAGGGUCAAGGGUGACAAACAAGAAGUCACGAAGAUCGAAACCGUCGAGGAAGAUGACAAGCUACCCGAAACCACUGUUACAGUUGAAGAGCUUCCGUUUGAAGAAGAAAAGCCAGAAGAAAUUCAAGAGCUUCCUGAGGAGGUCCGAGUGUUUGAAACCGUUACCGAAGACGGCAAGCCAAAGAAGAAGAAGAUCCGUACUCGCGUUAUCAAGAAGGUCAAGGGCGACAAACAAGAAGUCACGAAGAUCGAAACCGUCGAGGAAGAUGACAAGCAACCUGAAACCACUGUUACAGUUGAAGAACUUCCAUUUCAAAAAGAAAAACCAGAGGAAAUUAAAGAGCUUCCUGAGGAGGUCCGAGUGGUUGAAACCGUUACAGAAGACGGCAAGCCAAAGAAGAAGAAGAUCCGCACUCGCGUUAUCAAGAAAGUCAAGGGUGACACACAAGAAGUUACAAAGAUCGAAACCGUCGAGGAAGAUGGCAGGCAACCCGAAACCACUGUAACAGUUGAAGAACUUCCGUUUGAAAGAGAAAGGCCAGAGGAAAUUCAAGAGCUUCCUGAGGAGGUCCGAGUGUUUGAAACCGUUACCGAAGACGGCAAGCCAAAGAAGAAGAAGAUCCGAACUCGCGUUAUCAAGAAGGUCAAGGGCGACAAACAAGAAGUCACGAAGAUCGAAACCGUUGAAGAAGAUGACAAGCAACCUGAAACCUCUGUUACAGUUGAAGAACUUCCAUUUGAAGAAGAAAAACCAGAGGAAAUUCAAGAGCUUCCUGAGGAGAUCCGAGUGGUUGAAACCGUUACAGAAGACGGCAAGCCAAAGAAGAAGAAGAUCCGCACUCGCGUUAUCAAGAAGGUCAAGGGCGACAAACAAGAAGUCACGAAGAUCGAAACCGUCGAGGAAGAUGACAAGCAACCCGAAACCACUGUAACAGUUGAAGAACUUCCAUUUGAAGAAGAAAAACCAGAGGAAAUUCAAGAGCUUCCUGAGGAGGUCCGAGUGGUUGAAACCGUUACCGAAGACGGCAAGCCAAAGAAGAAGAAGAUCCGUACUCGCGUUAUCAAGAAGGUCAAGGGCGACAAACAAGAAGUCACGAAGAUCGAAACCGUCGAGGAAGAUGACAAGCAACCCGAAACCACUGUAACAGUUGAAGAACUUCCAUUUGAAGAAGAAAAGCCAGAGGAAAUUCAAGAGCUUCCAGAGGAGGUUAGAGUGGUUGAAACCGUUACCGAAGACGGCAAGCCAAAGAAGAAGAAGAUCCGCACUCGUGUUAUAAAGAAGGUCAAGGGCGACAAACAAGAAGUCACGAAGAUCGAAACCGUCGAAGAAGAUGACAAGCAACCCGAAACCACGGUAACAGUUGAAGAAGUACCGUUUGAGAAAGGAACGCCGGAGCAAAUUCAAGAGCUUCCUGAGGAGAUCCGAGUGGUUGAAACCGUUACAGAAGACGGCAAGCCAAAGAAGAAGAAGAUCCGCACUCGCGUUAUCAAGAAGGUCAAGGGCGACAAACAAGAAGUCACGAAGAUCGAAACCGUCGAGGAAGAUGACAAGCAACCCGAAACCACGGUUACAGUUGAAGAAGUACCUUUUGAGAAAGAAACGCCGGAGGAAAUUCAAGAGCUUCCUGAGGAGGUCCGAGUGGUUGAAACCAUUACCGAAGACGGUAAGCCAAAGAAGAAAAAGAUCCGCACUCGUGUUAUCAAGAAGGUCAAGGGCGACAAACAAGAAGUCACGAAGAUCGAAACCGUCGAGGAAGAUGACAAGCAACCCGAAACCACUGUAACAGUUGAAGAACUUCAAUUCGACGGCGAAAAGCCAGAGGAAAUUCAAGAGCUUCCAGAGGAGGUUAGAGUGGUUGAAACCAUUACCGAAGACGGUAAGCCAAAGAAGAAGAAGAUCCGCACUCGUGUUAUAAAGAAGGUCAAGGGCGACAAACAAGAAGUCACGAAGAUCGAAACCGUCGAAGAAGAUGACAAGCAACCCGAAACCACGGUAACAGUUGAAGAAGUACCGUUUGAGAAAGAAACGCCGGAGCAAAUUCAAGAGCUUCCUGAGGAGGUCCGAGUGUUUGAAACCGUUACAGAAGACGGCAAGCCAAAGAAGAAGAAGAUCCGCACUCGCGUUAUCAAGAAGGUCAAGGGCGACAAACAAGAAGUCACGAAGAUCGAAACCGUCGAGGAAGAUGACAAGCAACCCGAAACCACUGUAACAGUUGAAGAACUUCCAUUUGAAGGCGAAAAGCCAGAGGAAAUUCAAGAGCUUCCAGAGGAGGUUCGAGUGGUUGAAACCAUUGCCGAAGACGGCAAGCCAAAGCAGAAGAAGAUCCGCACUCGCGUUAUAAAGAAGGUCAAGGGUGACAAACAAGAAGUCACAAAGAUCGAAACUGUUGAGGAAGAUGACAAGCAACCACAAACAACUGUUACAGUUGAAGAACUUCCGUUUGAAGAAAAAGAGCCAGCGGAAAUUCAGGAACUUCCAGAGGAGGUUCGAGUAGUAGAAACCAUUACUGAAGACGGUAAACCAAAGAAGAAGAAGAUCCGCACUCGCGUUAUCAAGAAGGUCAAGGGUGACAAACAAGAAGUCACAAAGAUCGAGACCAUCGAGGAAGAUGACAAACACCCAGAAACCAUUGUUACUGUUGAAGAAUUUCCGUUUGAAGAAGAAAAGCCAGAGGAAAUUCAAGAGCUUCCAGAGGAAGUUCGAGUGGUUGAAACCAUUACCGAAGAGGGAAAGCCAAAGAAGAAAAAGAUCCGCACUCGCGUUAUAAAGAAGGUCAAGGGUGACAAACAAGAAGUCACAAAGAUCGAAACUGUUGAGGAAGAUGACAAGCAACCACAAACAACUGUUACAGUUGAAGAACUUCCGUUUGAAGAAGAAAAGCCAGAGGAAAUUCAAGAGCUUCCUGAGGAGGUCAGAGUGGUUGAAUCCGUUACCGAAGACGGCAAGCCAAAGAUGAAGAAGAUCCGCACUCGCGUUAUAAAGAAGGUCAAGGGCGACAAACAAGAAGUCACGAAGAUCGAAACCGUCGAGGAAGAUGAUAAGCAACCCGAAACCACUGUAACAGUUGAAGAACUUCCAUUUGAAGAAGAAAAUCCAGAGGAAAUUCAAGAGCUUCCAGAGGAGGUACGCGUGGUUGAAACCGUUACCGAAGACGGCAAGCCAAAGAAGAAGAAGAUCCGCACUCGCGUUAUCAAAAAGGUCAAGGGCGACAAACAAGAAGUUACAAAGAUCGAAACCGUCGAGGAAGAUGACAAGCAAGCUGAAACCACAGUUACUGUUGAAGAACUUCCGUUUGAAGAAGAAAAGCCAGAGGAAAUUCAAGAGCUUCCAGAGGAGGUACGCGUGGUUGAAACCAUUACCGAAGACGGUAAACCAAAGAAGAAGAAGAUCCGCACUCGCGUUAUCAAAAAGGUCAAGGGCGACAAACAAGAAGUCACAACGAUCGAAACCAUUGAGGAAGAUGACAAGCAACCCCAAACCACUGUUACAGUUGAAGAACUUCCAUUCGAAAAAGAAAAACCAGAGGAAAUUCAAGAGCUUCCUGAGGAGGUCCGAGUGGUUGAAACCGUUACAGAAGACGGCAAGCCAAAGAAGAAGAAGAUCCGCACUCGCGUUAUCAAAAAGGUCAAGGGCGACAAACAAGAAGUCACAAAGAUCGAAACCGUCGAGGAAGAUGACAAGCAACCCGAAACCACAGUUACUGUUGAAGAACUUUCGUUUGAAGAAGAAAAGCCAGAAGAAAUUCAAGAACUUCCAGAGGAGGUUCGAGUGGUAGAAACCAUUACCGAAGACGGUAAGCCAAAGAAGAAGAAGAUCCGCACUCGCGUUAUCAAGAAGGUCAAGGGUGACAAACAAGAAGUCACAAAGAUCGAGACCAUCGAGGAAGAUGAAAAACACCCUGAAACCAUUGUUACUGUUGAAGAACUUCCGUUUGAAGAAGAAAAGCCAGAGGAAAUUCAAGAACUUCCAGAGGAGGUCAGAGUGGUUGAAACCGUUACAGAAGACGGUAAACCAAAGAAGAAGAAGAUCCGCACUCGCGUUAUCAAGAAGGUCAAGGGUGACAAACAAGAAGUCACAAAGAUCGAGACCAUCGAGGAAGAUGACAAACAACCCGAAACCACUGUUACCAUUGAAGAACUUCCGCUUGAAGAAGAAAAUCUAGAGGAAAUUCAAGAGCUUCCAGAAGAGGUUCGAGUGGUUGAAACCAUUACCGAAGACGGCAAGCCAAAUAAGAAGAAGAUCCGCACUCGCGUUAUCAAGAAGGUCAAGGGCGAUAAGCAAGAAGUCACAAAGAUCGAAACCGUCGAGGAGGAUGAUAAGCAACCCGAAACAACGGUCAGUGUCGAAGAAACCGAUUUAAGUUCUCCCAUUGUAGGCAAAGUUAAACUAAAAAAAAGAAUUAUCGUUAAAAAGCCAGAAGAUGAAGUAACUGUAUUUGAAUUGCCUGAGCGGAAAUCAGUGAUACUUUCAGAAAAAGAGGAUGGAACUCCAACAAAAAUGGUUAUUAAAACAAAAAUCAUCAAGAAGAUUCAAGGUUCGAACAUGGAAGUUACAAAGGUUCAAACUGUUGAGGAGUAUGAAAAAGCACCACAAACUAAAGUAACGGUUGAAAAUUUUGAGCUUCCAUUCCCAGAACUUCCAGAAGAAAAAAUUUCUGAAGUUGUAAUUUUGCCUGAUGAGGUGGUCGAGUCUAAAACUGUUGACGAAAAAGGACUUCCAAAAAUAAUUAAAACCAAGAAGCGUGUCAUUAAAAAACCUGUAACUGGAAAUAACGAAGAAGUUACUGAAAUAGGAAUUGUUGAACAAGACAAUACUGAGCCCAUCUAUUCAGUAUCCAUAAAAGAACAGCCCUUUACGGAUUCGACGCCAAGUGACAGUAAAUUAAUUGAGCUGCCUGAACACCUGACAGAGUUGGUAGUUGUUUCGCCUGAUGGGACGAAAAAGAAAAAGACCGUUAAAUCUAGAGCUUACAAAAAGAGCAUCGACCAUGAUCUUGAUGAAGUUACAACUGUGCAUAUAAUCGAGGAGGAAGAUAAAGAGCCACUGACUACUGUAAAAAUAGAAGUUGUGCCUGCUGACGAAAUAUCCAUCACACCCAUACCGAUUGAAGAGCUUCCUGAGGAAACUGUGUUCACCGAAGAAUUAGACGAGAAUGAGAAGCCAACAAAGAAAACUACCAAAACACGAACAUUUAAAAAGCGUGGUCCGGAGGACGACGAAUAUUUCCAAAUUCAAACGGUUGACGAAGAGGGCAAGGAACCCGUCUCACUCAUACGAGUUGUUAGCGAUGAAAAUAUUGCUGAUAUUAUCGAUAUUAGUAAGCUUGAAGAUGAAAAAGUUUCGAAACACAAACACAAGCCACACAAACAGAAGGUGGAGAAACCAAAGGCCGCUAACACACAAACGGAACACCCAGUUUACAUCACGACAUUUAAGUCUGUACAAAACGAAGAUGGAGAAACAACCAUACAAACUGAAAACAAACGAGUUUCACAGGAGGAAGGCAUCGUUGUUGAGGAAGUCCUCAGUGAUACAGAACUCAUUCCAGAAGACACAACACAAUCACACCUUGAAAUUAUUGAAGUCAGCGAGCCAACAGACCAAUACAACAAAGAGUACACAAUCACUGAACCUGAAGAGGCAAGUGCUGACGCCAUAAAAAAACCAGCUAAAGACAAAAAACCAAAACAGAAAAAGACACUAGAAACUCCUAUUGAGGAAGUUGACGAGACUAUUGUUGUUGAAGAAAGUAUAGGGGAACCGACUGACAAGACAGAUAAGAAACGAAAGUCAAAAAAGGUUGAGGGUAACGUUGGAGAAAUUAUUGCUGAUGAGAAACCAGUUGAAAAGAAGGAAAAACUAAAGAAAAAGAAAGUGGUCAAGUCAAAACGUGAUGAAAUGGAUGACUAUAUCCAAUUCCUAAUACACCAAGAAAUUCCAAAGACUGUACUUCAAGAUUACCAGCGUACUGAAAUGGAACUUCCACAAAGGGCUCGUCGUGACUCGUCUUUUAAACAGCCGGUUAAGCUUACACCUAUGAAAAUCGAAAAAGUAGAGUUUAAAAAGCCUAAAAUGGUUGAAAUAAGUUCUGUAGUUGAGUUCCCACAAAUGCUUAAGCUUAAAGCUCCAAAGCAACGACCUCAGGAAGAGAAAAAGACAAAGAACGAAGCAUCUUUUAAGAACAAAAGAUUAAAGAGCUGGAUUAGGUUUAUACCAUAUGCACCAUAUUGCUUCCCUUAUGUGGUUACCGAAUUGGAAACUAAUCGCGAUGUGGGGGAUCUUUCACGAAAUGUUGAAGAAGCCGAACAGGUAUUGAAAUUGCGGCCGAGGAAAUUCAAGCAUUCUAAGCCCGAAAAAACGGAACUAGAAGAAGCCGACCUGGAUGCUUUUGAAUCUGAAAACUCAGAACCAUCUGAUAAAGAGCAACCAAGGCCGAAGUACAAACGAGCUAAAAAGUUAAAAGAUGAAGUUCCGGAAGAAACUAGGAAGCUUAAGCUUGGAAAGGGUAAAAUUCCACAAAAUGUUGAGGCUGUUGAGGAAAUUCGCUUGAAACCGGUUGAGCUAGGUAUAGCAGAGGAAGAAGUUGGCGAAAAGCCAGUUAAGAUGGCGGAUGAGGAAGUAAUCAAGAAGAAGAAGACCAAAAAAUCCGACAAGCCUGAAGAUGGACUUCACUUUGAGUCCAUCGAAUUUAAGGAUGUUGAAAGUUCCUUUGAGUUUCCAGAAGAGUCCGAAACAUCCGCGACCGAGGAAACAUUCACACAGGGGAAGCCAAAAUACAAAAGGAAAAAGAAGCCGACUUCCAAGCCAGAGAAAAACCAGUACAAAAUAGCUCCCGGAAAACCAAAGGAACAAGAAGAAAUCCCGGAAGAUGAGCUUAAAUUGCACAAGCGCCAGGGUGAAAAGCCUGAUACUGAAAUGGAAGAGGUGAAGCUUAAACCAUUCUAUAAGUUCGAGGUGAUAGAGAUGGAGCCUGAAAAUGUCCCGUCUGAAACGGUACCUACCACUGGAAAGCUUUCAAAGGAACCUAAAAAAAAGCGAAAGCUCAAGCUUAAGACGGAGCAGGAAGAUAACACCAUCGAAAUCGUGGAAAUAUCUCCUGAGGAUAACGAUGACAAAAUCUUUGAAGUAACAGUCACAAGCUCUGAAAUAGUUCAAGCUGACGAAAGGCCAAAAAAAAUACUUAAGAAGAAGGUAAAGCGAAUGAACAAACAGGAACUGGAUGAUUUUGUCACAGAGCUAAAGGAAGAACCGGAUCAAAAGUUCUAUGAAACAAGCAUGCAUGACUUCUAUGAAGUAAAGUUGACCGAAUUGCCGUCAGAAACGGAAAAACCUAAGAAGCGCCGGAUACGUCUUGAAAAAGGAGAUGAUGUGGAAGUUCUGGAAAUUGUCGAAUCGGGUGUUGCUCCCGGUGAAGAAACACUCUACGAAAUCACUGUAACUUCAACCGAAACAAACGAAGAUGAAAAUGAAGCGAAGCCAGCUGAAAAGCUUAAAAAGAAAACCAGGAAAAUGAAGAAGGAUGAGCUUGAUGCCUAUAUUCAGCAAUUGAUAAAUGCCGAGAUCCCAGUAACAGAGCUGGAAAAAUAUGAGAAAAUUGAUGUAGAUGGAAAGCCGAAAAAACCCAAGAAGCAAAAGGUCAAGCUUGAGAAGGCAAUUUUAGAUGAAGGCGAAACUCUUCAAAUUGGAGUCACAGAGCACGAGCCAAUCGAAAAACCUAAAUCAAAGAAACCAAAGUCAAAGAUAGCAAUUAAGGAAGAAGAUACAGUUGAAACCGAGACAAUUCCGGUAUUCGAUGAGUUUCUCAUCAAAAAAAUUGAUUCUGAGCGUACCUCAGACGAACGCAUUAAACAAUCUGAUGAACAAAUCUCUCUGGCUUUGGAUGACAUUUUAGUAGAUUUAAGUGAGUCCCUUCCCAUUGUGGUAGUCGAGGACGAUCUUGAGUCCAUUCCACUGGCUCCUAAAAUAAUUUCUAUAACGGAUGAGAAAAUACUUAAGAAACGCACGGUCAAAACUAGAAAGGGUCCAAAGCAGUACGAAAUUGAAAUAAUGGAAACCGAUGCACAAAACGAGAAACCAGAUGAAGCAAAGGUUAUAGUUAUAACGACGGAAAUUUCUGAAGAUACAACCGACGGACCUGCGCUAAUUAAGCCGGAAGCACCAAAGAAAUCCGUCAAGAAGGUGAAGAAAGAUAAGCUUAAGCAGUACAUUGUCAACAUUAUCGAAGAAGCCCCGUUGGAACAUAUCGUUGAAAUAUCUGAAGAUACUGAAUCAGCUUUAACCAUAGAAAGCCCAUUGGAAGAAAAAAAUACUUCCUUUACCACUACAAUAGUUGAAGAGGAAACAGUUAAGCCUUUCGUACCCGAAGAAAGAAAGUCUGAAGAUGUUGCUAGUAUUCCUAAAGACAAGAAAAAGAAAACUGAUAAACAGAAAAGGGUAAAAAUAUCCGAAAUAGAACCUUCACCGAGUUCUGAAGAUUCGAUAACCACAGAAUAUUCAUCAAAGCUCUUAGAAUCCGCGGAAAUUCCGCAAGCGGAUGAUUAUUCGAUGGAGGUAAAAGAUAGCUUGCCAAAGGCUAAAAAGAAAACGACAAAGAAACACCAGGAGAAGUCUAACGCUGAGCCCAUAUCCGAAUAUACAAUUCGAAUAGAGGAGCUCGCUCCGGAAACUGCUACCGAAAAAAUAGUAAACGAAGAAGGUGCGGAAGUUGAACGAGUCAUAACCAAACGAAAAAUCAAAAAGCAGGAGGGACCAAUGGAAUAUCUUAUUGAAGUUGUGGAAACAUAUGAAGAAAAUAAACCCGAAGCAGAUAUAAUCAUCCAGACCACUGAAAUAACUCCAUCAACUGACUCAACCCUUCAAGAGAACCACAAGGUGAAGAUUGUCAAAGAGAAGAAACCAAAAUCUGAAAGCUUGGACAAUUAUAUUCAAAAACUGAUAGAAGAGGAAAUUCCUAAAUUGGAUCUUGAAGAACAUGAAGCUAAUGUAUUAGAGACAUCUCCAGAGGCAAGAAAGCCCAAGAAAAUCAAGAAACAUCACAAAAAAUCGACCAAGAUUGUCGACGGCAUACCGAUUACUGUGCACGAGGUAAUCAUACGAGAAUUCGAGCCCGAUCAAGAAGACUUAGAGCCGCAAGAGGUCGUUGUGGAAGAAUUUGAUCGUGAUGAUACAAAAGAAGCUCCAAAUGAUGUAACAAUAAAGGUCUCAGAAGAAAAACCUAAGCCAAAAUCGAAAAAAUGGUUAAAGGCCAAGGUUGUGGAAGAGGAACUGCCGCAACCAGUUAUUAAAGACAUUUCGGAGGUUGUACAAGUUGUACAUGUAACUGAAGAAGAUGGAACAGCAAAGCAGGUUGAAAUUAAGAAGAAAAAAAUUUCUCGCAAGCGAGGUCCGAAAGAACAAAUCUUUGAAAUCACCGAAACAAAAACUAGUGAUGAGCCGUUGGCCGAAGUAACUAUUGUCGAGGUAACAGAAGAACAGCCUUUAGAAGAAUUCCAAGUAGUUAAAGAGAACAAACCAAUUAAAAAACCAAAGAAACUGAGACUUGAAGAUAUCAAAAACUAUGUCAUUAAUGUUCUAGAAGAGUUUUCUGAACCCAAUCGAAUCGAAAAACUUGUGGAGGGCGACGACGACAGGACACAACCAUUUAUUGAAUACAUUUCUGAGGUUGUCAAAGUUGAAGAAGUUAUAAAAGAAGAUGGCGCAACAAAGCGGAUUGAAGUAAAGAAAAAGAAGGUUUCCCGAAAAGAAGGUCCAAAGGAACAAAUCUUUGAAAUCACCGAGACAAAAACAAGUGAUGAACCAUUGGCUGAAGUAACUAUUGUCGAAGUUACAGAUGAGAAACCUAAAGAAGAGAUUAAUCUACCUAAGGAAAAAAAAUCCAUAAAGAAGCCGAAAAAACUUAAGCCAGAAGACGUCGAAAGCUAUAUAAUUAAUGUUCUGGAGGAGUUUAAUGAGCCCCAGAGGUUUGAGAAGAUCGACGAACCGGUCAUUAAGGAUAUUGCUGAGUCCGUGGAAAUUCAAGUUAUUGAAGAUGAUGGCGUUACCAAGCAAGUUGAGGUUAAGAAGAAGAAGGUUUCCCGCAAGCAAGGUCCCAAGGAACAAAUAUUUGAAAUCACCGAGACGAAAACUAGUGAUGAGCCAUUGGCUGAAGUAACUAUUGUCGAAGUUACAGAUGAUAAACCUAAAGCCGUAACUCUUCUACCUAAGAAAAAGAAACCAAUAAAGAAUCCAAAAAAACUAAAGCCUGAAGAGGUCGAAAGCUAUGUAAUUAAUGUUCUGGAGGAGUUUAAUGAGCCCCAGAGGUUUGAGAAGAUCGAGGAACCGGUCAUUAAGGAUAUUGCUGAGUCCGUGGAAACUGAAGUUAUUGAAGAUGAUGGCGUUACCAAGCAAGUUGAGGUUAAGAAGAAGAAGGUAUCCCGCAAGCAAGGUCCCAAGGAACAAAUAUUUGAAAUCACCGAGACGAAAACUAGUGAUGAGCCAUUGGCUGAAGUAACUAUUGUCGAGGUUACAGAUGAUAAGCCUAAAGAAGUAUCUCUUCUACCUAAGGAAAAGAAACCAAUAAAGAAACCGAAAAAACUUAAGCCAGAAGACGUCGAAAGCUAUGUUAUUAAUGUUCUAGAGGAGUUUAACGAGCCGCAGAGGUUUGAGGACACCGAGGAACCAGUCAUUAAAGAUGUUUCUGAGUCCGUGGAAAUUCAAGCUACAGAAGAUAAUGGCGUUACCAAGCAGGUUGAGGUUAAGAAAAAGAAGAUAUCCCGCAAGCAAGGUCCCAAGGAACAAAUAUUUGAAAUCACCGAGACGAAAACUAGUGAUGAGCCAUUGGCUGAAGUAACUAUUGUCGAGGUUACAGAUGAUAAGCAUAAAGAAGUAACUCUUCUACAUAAGGAAAAGAAACCAAUAAAGAAACCGAAAAAACUAAAGCCUGAAGAAGUCGAAAGCUAUGUAAUUAAUGUUUUAGAGGAGUUUAGCGAGCCGCAGAGGUUUGAGGAGGCCGAGGAACCGGUCAUUAAGGAUAUUGCUGAGACCAUGGAAAUUAAAGUUACAGAAGAUAAUGGCGUUACCAAGCAAGUUGAGGUUAAGAAGAAGAAGGUUUCCCGCAAGCAAGGUCCCAAGGAACAAAUCUUUGAAAUCACCGAGACAAAAACUAGUGAUGAACCAUUGGCUGAAGUAACUAUUGUCGACGUUACAGAUGAUAAGCCUACAGAUAAUAUUAUUUUACCUAAGGAAAAGAAACCAUUAAAGAAACCGAAAAAACUUAAGCCUGAAGACGUCGAAGGCUAUGUUAUUAAUGUUCUAGAGGAGUUUAGCGAGCCUCAACAGUAUGAAGAGGUAGAGCCUACUGAGGAAGAACCAUACGAAACUAAAAUCAAAACCAAGAAGCCAAAGUUGCCGAGCGAAAAGCCUCUUGAAAAGACUAUCUAUAUUGAGGAUGUAGCUCCUGAAACUGUUAUAGAGAAUGUGGUAAACGAAAAGGGCGAGGAAGUUAAACAAGUAAAGACAACCAAGAAACUUAAAAAAAAGGAAGGUCCCAAGGAGUAUCUCAUUGAAAUAACAGAAACCUAUCAAGAGAAUAAGCCUGAGGCCGAGAUCGAAUUCACUACAACAGAGUUACUUUCGGAGGACUCACCAGAUUUCAAAAAUGAUCAGCCAGUCAAGAUUCUUCAAAAGGUUAAGAAGAAGAAGCCAGUAAAGGACGAUCUUGACAAAUACAUACAACAGUUAAUUGAACAGGAAAUCACAAAAACACCUCUAGAAGAAUAUGAACCAACAGAAAUAGAUGCAAAGCCCAAACAGCCCAAGAAGAAGGUAAAGACUCAUCACAAAAAGACAAUUAAAGAUGUUGAUGGGUUACCAAUUACUAUUCACGAAUUCGAUGUUGAAGAAAUAAUACCAGAACCUGCGGAUACUGAUAAGGAAGAAGAAGUGUUAGAGGAAGUCGAGGAAGUACCACAACAGCCAGACGAUUCUUCAAAGUACCUUGUAAGCAUUUCCGAUGAAUUUGUUGAAGCUGAUAAGCCAAUCGAAAAAUCUCCUGAGAAGAAACAAACACCAAUUAAAAAAGGAAAGCCAUUAAAAAAUAAGUUGGUCGUUGAGUCUCCUGCUCCAUUGGAAGAAAUGGAUCGCACUGUUGAAAUCGUUACGCAACCCACAGAAGAGGGAACUGUAAAAGAUGUAACUGUCAAGAAACGAAAGGUAUCGCGAAGAAAGGGAUCUAAAGAGCACGUCUUCGAAAUUACGGAAACAACAAGUGAUGAUCAGCCUACGGCCGAAGUUACAGUAGUCGAGUUGACCAGCGGUGAUAUAUUAGUAUCUGAAGAAAAACCAAAGCCGGAAAAAAAGAUUGUUAAAAAGCCUAAACAAUUAAAGAAAGACGAAAUUGAGGAAUACAUAAUUAAUAUUAUAGAUGAAUUCGUACAGCCGGUUCCAGUUGACGUAGUUGAAAGUGAAGUAGAAGAAGUGAAGAAGGAAACAACUAAGAAACCAAAGAAAUCUCAGAAAACUUACACAGUCACUGAAGAGGAACACACAGAUAGCCAGGUACCUGAAGUGGCUAAGGAAAAUUUCGAGCAACCGAUUGAGUCCGUUCCAGAGAAGCCAACAGAAUCUGUUGAAUAUACCAUCGCUAUAGAAGAAAAAACUGUGGCUGACGAAAAGCUACAACCCAAGCCCAAAAAGAUUACCAAGCCCAAGACUGUUAAGCAGCCUGCAGUAGAAGAAAGCCAUGACUAUAUUGUAAGUGUGAAUUUUGAAGAAAACAUAGAUGAAGAGCCAAUCCCUGAACAUGAAGCAGUCGUAAUUGAAGCUGAAGAAGAUAAACCAACUGAGCAACCAGCUUUCCAGGUAGACGAAAUUGAAACCGAGGCAGUAGAAAAGGAAGUAAUCGAUGAUAAGGGCGAAACGGCAAAGCAAACUGUUACCAGACGUAAAAUCAAAAAACAGAUUGGCAACAAGCAAGAAAUAAUCGAAAUCGUGGAAACUAAGACAGGAGAUACUCCAGAGUAUGAAGUCAUUGUCACGACUGAAGAGCCAGAAACAAUAAGCGAAGAAGUUCCACAGGAGGAAAAACAAAGGAAAAUUCGUAAAGCCAAAAAGGUUCCGAAAGACGAUCUUCAUGACUAUAUUCAGAAACUUAUUGAGCAGGAUAUACCAAAAACCGAACUGGAAAAAUAUGAAAAGAUCGACUUGGACGAGCCAGUUAAAAUGAAGAAGAAACCUAUCAAGAAGUUAAAGCAUUCUGAGAAGAAGCCAAUAGAGGGCGCUGAACAGCCGGUUGAGGAUAAGCCUGUUGAGGAGAUUUCGGAAAUUCCUAAAGUUGAAAAAGACGAGCCGAAGCUCACAGUUACUCUUUCGGAAUUUAUUCCGGAAAAGCCAGCAGAAACGCCUUUUGAAAUAGUGGUCCUUGAAGAAACGGUAGAAACCAAGCAGGUGCCAGAUGAUGAGGGAAUAGUAAGGGAAAAGGUGGUUAAAACUAAAAAGAUAAAGCAGAAGAAGGGUCCUGAAGAAAUAGUUCACGACAUAGUCGAGGUGACUGAUAAGGAUACAAACGAAUCUGAAGUAACAGUCACAACCACCACUCCAAAGGAGACUUCUGAUCGGGAAGAGCCUUUAGUAAAACAUAAACGGACCAAGAAGGUUAAGAAAGACGAAGUCGAAGACUUUAUUAUGACAGUUAUUGAGGAUGAGACACCUAAGACGAUUGAACCCGAAGACGUAGUUGCCGUUAUAGAUGAGUCCAGUUCUAAGCCAACUUCGGAGAAGACAAGGAAAAAGCCAAAGAUAGAAAAACAACCUUCAGUUGAGGAUACUGUGCCUAAAGACAACGCAGUUUCCGUCAUCGAGAAUAUUCCGGAGGAUUCUCCAGUUAGUGACGAUCUUAUAACUGUGAUGGAAUCAGUUCCACUCAUAGAAGAGCCUGAACUGAAAAUAAACCAGGUUGAGGAAACUAAGAAACCAGAAAAGAAAAGAAAGCCAAAGUCAUCAGUUUUGAUUCAAGAGGACCAACCGGUAGAUGAAACUGAAGAACAGCCUUUAAAAGUUACACCGAAGGAUUCUGACACUGAAAACCCGGAUGCUCGCGAAUUUAGUGUUUCAAUCAAAGAAGAAGAACACACAGAGCCCAAACCUGAAAACAAGAAGUCUCCUAAAAAAGUAUCUGAAAAACCAGGCCAUCCCUCUGAGAAAAAACUCAACAUUUCGGGUAACGAAAGUGUUUUGGAACCUGAAGAAGAAAAGCCUUUUACAAUUCAGGUAAUUGAAAGCGAAACAAAGGUCGAAGAAACCAAAGAUGACACUGGGGAAACUCAUAAACAGGUUACCACCAAGCGAAAGUUGAAACGACCUGACGGUGAAGGUGAAAUAGAGAUUAUUGAAGUUGUUAGGGACGAUCAGCCUGAGGCGGAAAUAACCAUUGUAGAGUAUGAACCGGAACCUGUAAAGCAAGACGAAAAGCCCAAGGAACCCAAAAAGAAAACGAAAAAGGUCAAGAAGGAUGACCUUCAUGACUACAUACAAAAGUUAAUUGAAAUGGAAACUCCCAAGACUGAGCUUGAAAAGUAUGAGAAAAUAGAAUUUGAGCCGACUGUCAAGGACAAACCAGUAGAUGACUUGAUUGAUAUAAUUGAAAAAACUCCUUCUGAAAAGCCGAAAAAAGAAAAGAAGAGCAAAUCCAAAGAAGUUCCCAAGGAGGAAAGUCCCGUUCCAGAUCAGUUGGUUGAAGUCAAAGUGGUCGAAGAGGAAGCUCCUGAGCAACCCCAAAUACCAGUUGAAGUUGUAGAAGUUCAACCAGUUGAGGUACAUGUUCAAGAGGUUGUUACUGAUGAGGGCACGCCGGUUCAGGAAAAAACUACCAAACGAGUUUUGAAGAAGAAGGGACCUGAAGAAGAAACCACAUUCAAGAUUACAACAAUUGAAAGCGAGGAUAACGAUUCAGUGACGGUUAUCGUUGAUGAGGAACCAGAAAUAGCUCCCGUACAGUCCAUCGAAGAGCAACCACAGCGGGCUGAUGAGAAACCGAAACCAAAACCCAAGAAAACAGUAAAGAAGAUUAAGAAGGACGACCUAGACGAUUAUGUAAAGAAACUAAUUGAAGAGGAAAUCCCCAAGGUAGCGCUUGAGAAGUAUGAAAAGGUAGAAAUGCCAGAGAAAUCUGGUAAAACAGCUCCUUCUGAAAGUAUUCCAGAAGAGACAAAAUCUGAAACAACCGAGCCAACAACAAUUUUCACCGACUUAACCAAACCCAAGAAAUCGAAGACUCAUAAACCAAAGACAGAAGCCGCAUACGAAACAGAAACUGACGUACCGACAGAGACUAUUUUAGACAUCACUGACACAGCAGAAAUCACACCAACCCAAUUUGCACAACCCGAGGACACAGCCACUGCACAAAUUACACCAAGCGCACAAGAAGAGAAACCUUCUCAAGAUGACACUAAAGAUACAAUUCAGAAAUCAGUUAAACAUAAGAAAACAAAACCAGACACACAAAAAAGCGUUGAAACAAGUGAACUACCAGAGGUUCAGAAGGACUAUGAAAUAAACAUCAUUCAUGAAGAGCCCGUCGAGGAAGAUCAACCCCAAAAGAUUUUAGAGGUUCGAGUUAUCGAUGAAAUCGCCGAGGUCGAAGAAUCACAGCCCAUUGUGGAAGAGGUUGAAGAGGAGGAAGAACAGCCCGUUACAGAAGAAACUGUUGAGGACGUCACCAAGCCCAAGACUAAAAAGAAGAAGAUUGUCAAAAAGAAGACGGAUGAUCAUGACGAAAUCAUCAAAAAGAUGUUGGAGCAGGAAAUCGAGAAGACGGAAUUGGAGAAAUACGAGAAAAUUGAAUUCGAUGUUCCCAAGAAACUCAAACCAGAAUUUGCCACUCUUGAGCCAAUAAAAAUCGAGCGCAAGGAACAAAAGCCCACAAAGGUAACUAUUAUCGAGGCUGCUGAUGUCCCCAAAACCGUUAAGCUUAAGCCCGCUAAACGGAAGGAAAAACCUGCCGAGGAGCAGACUGUUCAACUGCCCAAGUUCAGACUCAAGGCCCGUAUGGCCAUGGUUGAAUACCCUCCGGCUCCGCUAAUUCCGAAGAUAACUGAUAUUGGAGCCAUUAAAGAUAACGGAGAACUAUCUCGUAAUAUUGAAGAGGCUGAAGAAGUCCUAAAGUUCAAACCGCGUAAGACUAAGAAAAUUAAGAAAAUCAAGGAUGAUUUAGAAAAGGUGGAACUUGAAAAGUACGAAAAAUACGUCAGUAGUGAAGAAGAGCCGGAGGAAAAGGCGCCUUAUAAGAAACCUGAAAAGGCACCAAAGCCAGAGGAAAAACAAGAGGAAGUAAAGCUCAAACUGGGCAAGGGUAAGAAAAAACCAAAGGAGGAAGACGAGCCCGAAAAUGUAACUCUCAAAAAGAUUCCGCAAAAGCCACAAGAGCUCGAGGAAGAAGUUGCUCUGAAACCUAAACCGAAGGAGGUGGUUGUUGUUGAAGAACAACCAAUGGAACCCAAGGAAGGAGAGUUUGUUGUAGAGCCAUUCGAGCCAUCUGAAUUCGAUAGUCCUGAAUAUGUGCCCGAGGAGCUAGAGCGAAUUGAACAUCCAGAGAAGCCCGAUAAACCCAAAAAGCCAACUAAGACAAAAUACAAGCCUAAAGAUAAGUCAAAGCCCGAACCGGAAACAAUUGUUUCAGAGAUCGUUCCAGGUGUACCAAAGGAGGAAGCGGAAAUACCCGAACAGGAAGUAAAGUUUCGCAAGCCCCAGGGAGACGCUCCAGAAGAGACUGACUCAAAAAUUAAGCUAAGUCCCGUCCCUCAGACUCCUAAGGCCGAAGAACCCAUCGAGCAAGUACUCGUUAAGCCAAAGGCAGAGGAACCCAAGCCUGAAGAAAUUCCAGAGAAAUCUGAGGAUGAGGAAAAGAAGCCAAAGAAAUCGAAGCCUAAAAAGGUGCAACCAAAGGAGGAAGAAAUUUCUGUGCAGAAGCCAGAAGAGUUCGAGGUUUUGGUGAAAGAAGAGGAAGCUCCAGUGGAGGAAGUCGUCGAAACCGAAAAGCCAAAGGAAGUGAAGGUGAAACAGAAGAAGCCUAAGGAAACACCUGUUUCGGAAGUCGUCGUCUCUGAGGAAAUGCCGGAACCUAAAGAAGUGCCCGAGGAGAUACCAGUGGAAUAUAAGAUAACAACCACUGUUUUGGAGCCAGAGGAGGCACCAAAGGAGCAUCAAGUCCGAGUCAUUGAUUUCGAUGAGCGUCGAGAAACUACCGAAGAAGUAAUUGAAGAAAAGGUGGUGACGCGCAAGAAGAAACCUAAGCCACAGCAGCCAGAAGAGUUUGAAGUCACUUUGAAGGAGCCGAAGGAAGUAGAAAUAGAGCCCGAAGAAGUUUCUGCUGAAAUUUCGCUGCCAGCUGAGCAACCCGAACAGAAGCCAGAAGAGUUUGAGGUUGAACUUAAACUGACUGAGCCUACCCCGGAAGAGCCGGUUGAACAGCAAAUCUUAGUCAAAGAAAAGAGCAAGAAGAAACCUGUAAAAGAAGUUAAGGAGGAUAAGAUUGUAGUCGUGGAAGAAGAAGAAAAAGCCCAACCAGUUGAGGAGGCAGUUGUGGAGGUUGAAAAACUGGAAGAAAAGAAGAAGAUGAAGAAGCCGAAAUCCUAUGAGUUCAAGAUCACUGAAACCGAAGCUGUUGAAGAGAAGCCAGCCGAAGAUGUAGAGGAAGCUCCCGAAGAAAUCCCAGAGGUCGUAGAAGAAAAGAUUGUCGAAAAGUUUGAUUCUUAUGAAAUCACUCUUAAGGAAACUGAUGCAGAAAAGGUGGUGCCGGUCGAAGAACAGCUCGAGGAAGAAGCUCCUGAAGAGAUUGUUUUCAAGAAAAAGCCCAAGGAACCUGAAUCAGUUGAGGCCGAGUUUGUAAUAACUGAACCAAAGGUCACUGAAGAAACGACUGUGGAAACUGCAAUCAAGCAGAAGAAGACCAAAAAGCCGAAAAAAACCGAAGAAGAAGCUCAGUUAGAAAUUAAGGUUGUCGAAACCGAAGCCCCUGUUCCCGAAGAAGUGUUGAUUGAAGCUCCUAAGAGUGAGAUUGUAAAGAAGGAAGAAGUUGUUGUGGAAGAGAAGCCAGAGGAGUUCAGAAUUCGAGUUUCGGAAACUGAAGCCAAGCCCGAAGAACCAAGUGAGGCACAGUUUACUGUUAAGAAACGCAAGCCUUCUGUUACUUUCGCCGACGAGCCCGCAACUGAAAUCAUUCUUAAGGAAAGCAAACCCAUUGAAGAAGUUACUGAGGAAGCUCAAAUCAAGACCAAGAAGCCAAAGAAGAAGGUCAAGGAAGUGGAAGCUGAGGAAUUAAGGAUUCAGAUAACCGAGGAGAUUCCGCAAGAAGUUCCCAUAGUUGAGGAAGUCGAGGAGGAAGAGGUGAUCACUAAAGUCAAGGAAGAAGUACCGGUGGUUCAAGAAAAGACAUAUUCAAUUGGCAUCAAAGAAACGGAGCCAGAGAAACCUGCCGAAGUGAUUGUCGAAGAAGAGGUAGUGGUAACUGAACCAAUUGUGGAAGAGCCGCAACCAGAAAUCUUCGAAGAACAUAAGGUUAGAGUCAUUGAGGAAACUCCCCGUGAACUGGUUGAAGAAGUCAUCGAAGAGGAGGUCAAGGUUAUUCGCAAGAAGAAGCCAAAGCCAACAAUUAAGGAGGAACCCGAGGCGGAAGUUACUGUCUCUGCUCCGAAGCCUGUUGAUGAAGUGGAAGCUACGACCAGUAUUGCCUUUGUUUCAGAACAACCGACCGAGGAGGAGGCCGCUGAUCUCAAGAUAACAAUCAUUGAAGAAGUGGCACCACCAAAAGAACUUGUCCAAGAGAUUGAAGAAAUUGAAAUCGUCGAGGAACCAAAGGUCCCAGAAGAAAAACCUAAGGACUUCAGUUUUGCCAUAAAGGAGACAGAAAAGGAAACCACUGUAGAGGAGCUGCCCGAAGAACAGGUCACGAUCCAAAAGAAGAAAAAGAAGGCACCAGUAGCCGAGGUGAUCGAAGAGCCUGAAGCUGAGUUCUUAGUUAAGCCAAAGCAGCCAGUACAAGAAGUUACCGAGGAAGCCAAGAUCAAGAAGAAGUCUAAAAAACCUUUAAAGGAAGAAGAGGCAGCUGCAGAACUUAAGGUAACUAUCACCGAGGAAGUUCCGGCAGAGACAGAAGUUCAUGAAAUCGUUGAGGAAGUUGAAGAAGUCGUAGAAGAAAUUCCCACUGAGUAUAAGAUUGGCGUUAAGGAAACUCAGCCGGAAGUUGUAGAGGAAGAAGAAGUCACCUUACCGAAAAAGAAACCGAAGGCUGCUGCCGUUGUUGAAGAACCCGAAGCCGAAGUUACUCUGAAACCAAAGCCAAAGGUCGAAGAAGUUCAGGAAGAAGCUAAGAUCGUUAAGAAGAAGCCAAAGAAGCCUGUCGAAGAGGUAGCAGCCGAGGAGCUUACGGUCAAGGUUGAGGAAGAAAUUAUUCCUGAGCCAAUCGUGGAAGAAGAGGUGAUCGAAGAAGUCCAGAUCAAAAAGAAGCCAGAAAAGCCUGAGCCAGAGGACAUUGUCGAUGCAGCGGUUGUGAAACUAAGGAAACCAGAGCCAGCAGAGGCAGAGGAAGUGGUGGCUGAAGUCACCCUGAAACCCAAGGCCCCCAAAGAGGUUACCGAAGAGGAAUUCUCCGUUGAUGUUAAGCUGCCGAUAGAGAAAAAGGUUACUGAAGAAACUUCUGACCAAACUGUACAGCUUAAGAAGAAGAAGAAGCCACAGAAACCAGUGGAGGAGGCUGCAGAUGAGCUAAAGCUCCAGCAAACUGUUGUCGAAGAAAGGCCCGUGGAAAUUGAAGAAGAAGAGAUCGUUGAAGAAGCUGUUGUCAUUCGCAAGAAGCCAAAGAAGCCAUUCGAGCCAACGGUUGAAGAUCUCGAAGAAACUGAGUUUAGUCUCUCCUUCAAAAAGCCCCACACUAUUAACGAGGGCGUGGAGGAGGCAGCCACGGUGCUGAAAAAACGACCAGUCAAGCCCACCACUCUCGAUGAAGCUGCGGCUGAGCUUUCCAUUAAGCGUCAAGAAGAAGAAUACGAAGAGGGCGAGGAUGUCGAAGAGUUCGUUGUCAGUCAGCCAAGAAAGCCAAAGCCUCUGCAGAUCACAGAAGAAGAUGAGGAGGCCUAUACGGUGAAGAAACUUAAGCGUCGCAAGCAAGUAGACAUUCCCGAAUACGCUGAUGUUGAAAACGUCACAUUCCGUGCCAGAAGUACCAAGACCAAGGAAGAUGUCGAUCAGGAGUUCAACAUUGCCCUGGACUCUUAUGCCGAGGAGGAGAUUUCCAUGUCUGGAAAGAUUAAGCUUAAAAAGCCGAUAAAGAAGACCUUCUCUGAAGCAGCCGACGAGGCCAAGAUCAGGAUCAUUCAGGACUACGACGACGGUGAGGAGCCCAUCAUCGAAGAAAUUCGAGACGAUGAGGAUACUAUCGAUGAAGUCGAGGAACCAGAAGAAUACUUUGUUGAGGAAUUACCACCAGACGAAGUGGAUUUCAAGUUGAAGCCAAGGAAGCAGCCGAAGCCAGCCUAUUCCGUUCAAGAUGAGGAGGAAGAACAGUUCCUAAUUGGCAUUCGUCAUCCGAAACGCGAUUCGGUGACCUAUGAUGAGGAUUCUCUAACCUUUAAGAAGAAACGUAAAGUUGUUCAACAACUCUUCAAUGAAGAUGGAGCUUCGCUUAAUAUAACCAGAGAAAUGAAUGUUGAAGAAUCCGACAACCAAAAUGUUAUGUAUUCCAUCUGCAAUUAUAUUGCCGACAACGAUGAGGCCAUUAACCUAGUCGAGGGUGAGAAGGUAACAGUCGUUGGACGUCACAGCUCUGAGUGGUGGUAUGUCAAGAAGAGCAUUACGGAAGAGGAAGGAUGGGUUCCGGCUCAAUAUCUGAUGGAACCCGAAGAAUACGCGCAGUAUGUGCAAAACAAAUUGCAUGAGAAAAUUGAUAAGCUGCCUGUGUUUGAACGUCCUGGACCGGAAGACAAGCCCAUUGCCCCGAGAUUCAUUGAGAAACUGCAGCCGAUUCAUACACCCGAUGGCUACACGGUGCAAUUCGAGUGCAAGGUCGAGGGCAAUCCACGACCACAGAUUGCCUGGUUCCGCGAAACUGCCAUUAUCAAACCUUCACAGGACUUCCAAAUGUUCUACGAUGACGACAAUGUGGCUACUUUGAUUAUUCGCGAGGUGUUCCCCGAGGAUGCUGGUCAGUUCACAGUUGUGGCCAAGAAUGCAGCUGGAUUUACUUCUAGCACAACAGAACUGAUUGUAGAGAGUCCACUUUCGGAUCACGGAUCCGAUGCCACAGCCCUCUCACGUCGCAGCAUGUCACGUGAAUCCUCGCUGGCUGACAUUUUGGAGGGCAUUCCACCAACCUUCUCCAAGAAACCAAAGGCUCAGUAUGUCGACGAGAACACGAAUGUGAUCCUUGAGUGCCGACUGGUGGCCGUGCCAGAACCGGACAUUGUCUGGACUUUCAAUGGCGAGGACAUUGACGAGGAGGAGAUUAAGAACGUUCGCAUCGUUACCGAAUCGGACAUGCACAUGUACUGCAGUGUGGUGCACAUCACCAAGGUGAAGAAGUCGCAGGAGGGAACCUACGAGGUGAUUGCCACCAAUCGCGAGGGCGAGGCACGUCUGCCUAUCACCCUGAAGGUACGAACCACUGACAAGGAGGCUCCGCAGAUCCUGGAACCCUUGCGCAACAUGGUCAUACGUGAGGGCGAGAGUGUGGUACUGUCCACCCAAAUUGUGGGCAACCCACCACCAAAGGUAACCUGGUACAAGGAUGGCAAGCCUGUUAAGAAUGCCAAGUCCGAUAAGGAUUUGCAUACCCUAACACUGAUCACACCCAAAAAGUCUGAGAAGGGUGAAUACACGGUCAAGGCUGUCAAUCCAUUGGGUAGCGUAGAGACCACUGCUAAUCUAACAAUUGAAGAGCCCACAAGUGGCAAUGCUGAACCACCACUCUUCGUGGAACGUUUUGAGGAGCAGAAUGUGCCGCAGAAGGGCGAGAUUCACUUGCCAGCCAAGGUUUCCGGUAAUCCUGUGCCCGAGGUCCAAUGGCUGUUCAACAACAGUCCAUUGUUCCCCAGCGAGCGCAUCCAGCAGGUUUACGAUGGCGAGAACAUUGAGCUCAUUAUCAAGGAUGCCAACCCAGAAACCGAUUCGGGUGAUUACAAGUGUAUUGCCAGUAAUCCUAUUGGCAAAACAUCUCAUGGUGCCCGAGUGAUUGUCGAGGUCGAUGAAGUGACCUUCACUAAGAAACUGAAAAAGACCAUCACCAUUGAGGAGGUACAAUCUCUUACUCUGGAGUGCGAGACCUCUCAUGUGGUAACCACCAAGUGGUUCUUCAACGGAAAGGAACUCAGCGGCAUGGAUCACCGUGUUGUGGUUGAGGAUGGAAAGACUCAUAAGUUGGUCAUUAGGAACACUAACCUACGUGACUCCGGAACCUACACAUGCAAGGUCAAAAAGCAAGAAACUCAAUCUACUGUUGAGGUUCUGCAGCGUAAGCCCGACUUUAUCAAGGUGCUUGAGGACUACGAGGUAACCGAAAAGGAUACCGCCAUUUUGGAUGUGGAACUUACUACAGAGAGCACCGAAGUUACCUGGUACAAGGACGGCGAGAAGAUCACGCCAGAGAAUAAGAACGUCGAGUUCAUCAAGGAUGGCAAGGCACGUCGCCUGGUCAUACGCGAUACUACCAUCCACGAUGAGGGCCAGUACACUUGCAAGAUCGAGGGACAGGAGUGCAGUUGUGAGCUGGUUGUCAUCGAGCUGCCGCCCGAGAUUGUGGAGCCGCUGAAGGAUGUCUCGGUGACCAAGGGUGAGAAUGCCAUAUUCGAGGUGGAGCUCAGCAAGGGCGAUGCCCUGGUCAAAUGGUUCAAGAACGGAAAGGAGAUUGUGUUUGAUGAGCGCAUUCAGUUGGCCAUCGAUGGCAAGAAGCAAUCGCUGCGCAUUGUCAAGGCCAAGCCCGAAGAUGUGGGCGAAUAUUCCAUUCAGGUGGGCGACAAGACUUCGAAGGGAAAGUUGACGGUAGAGGAGCCCCUGGUGGACUUUGUUAUCCGCCUGCCGGAUGUCACGCUGGCCACCAAGACCAUGGAUGCCGAGUUUACGGUGCAGCUGUCUCAGCCCGAUGUUGAGGUGACCUGGUGCAAGAAGGGCAAACCCAUCAAGCCCAACAAGAAGCACGAGGUCUUCGUGGAAGGCACCGUCCGACGACUGGUCAUCCACGAUGCCAGCGACGAGGAUGCCGGCGAGAUCAGCUGCGUAGCCGAGAACGUCACCAGCAGCACUAAGCUGUGUGUCGAGGAGCUCAAACUGCCACCCGUCAUUACCUCUGACAAGGAUCAGACCAUCAAGGUUAAGGAGAACGACGACGCCACCUUCACUGUCAAGUACACGGGCGUUCCAACGCCCGAGGCCGUUUGGACCACGCGCAAGGUUGUCAUACCCAAGUCAAAGCGGACAAUCCCGGCCAUCGAUGAGCAGUCGGCCACCCUUACCAUCAAGAAGGUUGUCGACGAUGACGAAGGCGAGUACACCGUCAAGCUCGUCAAUCCGGUGGGCGAGGCGGAGGCCAGCCUACAUCUGGUCAUUAUGCGCAAGCCAACGGCACCUGGAACACCCCAGCCCCUGGAGAUAAUGCACGACUCCAUUACGCUCUACUGGAAGGCUCCAGAGGACGAUGGCAAGUCGGAAAUUAUCGAGUACAUUCUGGAGUAUCACGAUGUUAAGGAAGAAAAAUGGACUGAAAUUAGAAAGAUCAAGGAUACCACGUACACCAUAAGCAAGCUCAAGAUCGACACGGAGUACGUGUUCCGUGCGAUCGCAGUGAACGAGGUGGGACCAUCGCCACCCUCGCCGCUGUCGCCACCUAUCCGCCUGGUGCCCAAGGUCGAGACCGAGGCGCCCAGCGUGCGCGAACCCCUGCAGGACAUGGUCAGCGAACUGGACAAGGAGGUGACGCUGUCCUGCGUGUUCGGCGGCAUUCCAGAGCCCAAGGUGACGUGGAAGAGGAACGGCCAGGUGUUCGAGUCGAGCAGCAUUCGCUACGAAAACCGUGUGGCCAAGUACACCAUUGAAAAGACAACCAUUGAGACUGAAGCCACAUACACUUGCGUGGCGACCAAUGAGAAGGGCUCCGUUGAGACCUCGUGCCGCCUGAAACUGCAGCAGAAACCGGUCCUCGAAGUAGAGGAUAAGUAUCUGACACAGAAACUGCGCACGGGUAGCACCCUCACCAUUCCAGCAACGGUCCGCGGCUAUCCACAACCCACUGUGACCUGGCACAAGGAGACGGUCGAGCAGAAGACCACCAAGACGGUCUCUAUCGAGACCACAGAGAUUACCUCCACCUACACGGUUAAGAAAGUGACCCGCGAGCAAUCCGGCAAGUACAAGGUUACGGCCACCAACGAAUCCGGCUCUACGUACGUGGAGUGCACGGUUCAGGUGAUCGACAAGCCCAGCAGACCUCAGUCCCUGGAGAUCAAGGAUAUCAAGAAGGACUCGAUCACCUUGGAAUGGACACCACCCAUCGAUGAUGGCGGUCUGGAAAUCGACAAGUAUACGUUGGAGAAGUGCGACAUCCAAAACAACGUGUGGAUGAAGGUCUCCGACUUUGACAAAGACAUUAAAUCCUAUGCGGUUCAGAAACUAUCCAUGAAUGCGCAAUACAUGUUCCGUGUGGUGGCCGCCAAUCCAAUUGGCGUAUCCGAGCCUACGGAAAGUGAUCCUGUGACUAUAACUAAGAAGUUCGAAAAACCAUCGCCACCACGUGGUCCAACCACUGUGUCGGGCAUGAACGACACUGUCUUCAACUUGGCUUGGGAGCCAUCGGAAACUGAUGGUGGCUCAAAGAUCAUAGAGUACAUUGUGGAGAUAAGGGAAGAGACUGAAACCACCUACCGAAAGGUGGGCGUAACCCUGGGCACUGUCACCAAUAUCCAUGUGGAGAAGGUGGUCAGAAACAAGGGCUAUCUGUUCCGCAUCUAUGCGAGAAACGAGGUUGGCACCAGCGAGGCGUACGAGACCACGGAAAAAAUUGUCGUGGGACGCAAGAUUACUAAUGAUAAUGAAGAUCUAGCGCCGCCAUCGCCACCUCAGAACUUGAGGGCGCCGGAUGUUACCAGUCGAAGUGUCACUUUGGAUUGGGAGGUGCCAGCCCGCAAUGGUGGAUCCGAAAUCACGGGCUACUGCGUGGAGAAACGUUCCUCAACAUCUACCACCUGGACAAAGGUCAUCACACUGGAUGCCCACCAGCUGCACUACACGAUUGACAAUCUGAAGGAGAAGUGCGAGUACUGGUUCCGUGUGUCUGCGGAGAAUGAGGUUGGACUAGGUGCACCAGCCGUCACCGAGAGCAUAUCGCUCAAGACACAUGCUACCGUACCCUCACCACCGACCGCUCCACUGGAGGCGCGCGUUCUCGCCGCCAAUGCCCACAUAUUCGAAUGGGGUAUACCCGAGUCAGAUGGAGGUGCGCCUCUGCUCGGCUACCACAUUGCUAUACGGGACAUGAAGAAGACCAUGUGGAUUGAGGUGGGUCGUGUGCCAGCUGGCGUGCAGAAGUUCCAGAUUAGAGAUCUGCAGGAGAACCACGAGUACAUGAUUCGCAUAUUCGCGAAGAACGAGAUUGGUCUGAGUGAACCUCUGGAAUCGGAGGAGCCCUACAAGGUCAUGACUGCUGGUCAUGAGAGCCUGCCGGACGAGCCGCGCACGGAGAUGAGUUCGUGCAACACCUCCUCGUGGCUGCGUGACCACAACAUGGAUGCGGACAUCCAUUCGUAUGCCCGCGGCAGGCUGCUCCAACGCGACGAGUACUUCUUCCGGCUGUGGGCGGAAAUGCCCAAGAGCAAAAAGAAGAAGAGCUCCAAAUAG